AUGAGUGAUUGUAUCGAGGAAGAGGAGGGCAGAGCAGAGUCUGAUAUGUCUGACUGUCUGUCUAUGAAGAGUGACCGGUCUAAAGAUCCUCCAUGGAACUUCAGUAAAGAACCAGGACCCUCAGAGGAGGGCAGAACAGAGUCUGUCAUGUCCGACUGUCUGUCUAUGAAGAGUGACCGGUCUAAAGAUCCUCCUCCUGACUUCAGUAAAGAACCAGGACCCUCAGAUUCACAGUAAGAGAAACACUUUUCACCCUCCAAACUCUCAAACAACAACAGCUGAUGUUUCAAAAUCUGAACUUUAAAUCCUGACCCCUCUGUUUUCUCCUCUGCUCUGAAAACGCUGAUUUUCCUCUUUAACCUCCAACCUGGAUAAAGGUCUGGUAAAGAAAAAGUCACUGAGCUCAGAUUUACUUAUUAUUCCUGAUGUUGAUAAAAAUGAAGGUGGUAUAAAACAGCAUUAGAAAAGGAUCCUGACCUCUUGUAUUUUCUGAUUUGGUUCCUGUGUUUGGGACGUUUUGAGCCUGUUAGUCUUUGGACUGUGGUGUAUAGACCCCAGAAAACAGUCUGUGGGUCAGAAAAUACCAGAAGACCAAAGAAGAAAUAAAUCCUGAGAAAUAAAAACUCAUUCAGAGCAUCUGUCUGUUAUUAGACCUUUAGAUCUGAUUGUUAAAAAAUGUUUGAAACUGUCAGAGAAAAUCUCUCGACCUUCAAAAAUCACAGUUGAGUUUUUUCUCCUGUCUCCACACUUUGAGGCAGCAGCAGCUGAAUAUUUUACUGUUUUAUGUUGGAGAAAAGAGAAACUCUGGUUUAAUAAAUGUUUCUUAUUCUGAAUCUUUCAAACAUGAAAUAAUAAAGAAAAUAAAUGUUCUUUAUUUCCACAGAGAGACUCAGAGAUGUGACUCUGUGGAGGAGCAGCUGUCCAGCUGUUCUUUAUGUCAGGACGUCCUGAAGGAUCCAGUCUCUACCCGCUGUGGACACCGGUUCUGCAGACAGUGCCUCGCCUCAUUCAGGGACCAGUCGACUUCUUCAGGACACACCUCCUGUCCCCAGUGUGGAAAAAGAACCAGAACAGUUCUUGUCUCUCAGACAGACAGUCAGUCCAGCUCUGAUGGAAGUAAGUCUGAACAUCUGUCCUUUAAACCCUAAAUUACACAAUUUCUGCUUGAAUUAUUUUGUUUAUUUUAACCAUAAAAUCAACAGAAAAUGUCCUUUGAGUGUUUUAACACAUUUUUCCAGAACAGUUUGAACUUUCAAUAUCUGUCUGUCAUUGACAGUUUACUGUCUGUUAAAAGAGUGUUUUAACAUUUUAAGAUAAAGAAAAACACAAAAACAAAAUAAGAUUUUUUGAGUUUUAAAAAACAGAAAAUCUUCAUGAACAGAUUUUUCAUUUGAACUCAGAAAUUUGAAGAGUAUCAAACAUAUUUACAACAAAAACUUUGGAGUGCUGUCUCUCAAAGAGCAAAAACAGGUUAAAUAAAUACAACUGUGUGUUUAUUAGUGUUGAGAAGUUUGGUUCAUUUUAUUUUUCUUCUCUUUCAGAAGAUGUCGGUCUGCAGGAGGUUUUAGAUGAACAUAAGAUCAGUCUGAAGAGGAGAUGUGAACGUGUGAAUGAAGGAAGUGAUGAAACAGGAAGUAGUCAAACCCUCCUCAACAGGAUCUUCACUGAGCUCUACAUCACAGAGGGACUGAGUGAAGAGGUGAACACCCAACAUGAGGUGAGACAGCUGGAGACAGCUUCAAAGAUGAAGACCCUCCAUGACGAACCCAUCAGGUGUCAUGAGAUCUUUAAGACCUUACCUGACCAACAGGAGAAGGUCAUCAGAGUGGUUCUGACCAACGGCGUGGCUGGUGUUGGAAAAACCUUCUCAGUGCAGAAGUUCACUCUGGACUGGGCAGAGGGUUUGGAGAACCAAGACCUCCAUCUGGUGGUCCUGCUUUCAUUCAGGGAGCUGAACCUGAUCAGAGAUGAGCGCUUCAGUCUUCUGAGUCUGCUCCAUGUUUUCCAUCCAACACUAGAGAAGGUCACAGCAGAGACGCUGGCUGUCUGUAAACUUCUGUUCAUCUUUGACGGUCUGGAUGAAAGCAGACUGUCUCUGGAUUUCACAGACUCUGAGGUCCUGUCUGACGUCACACAGAAGUCUUCACUCAACGUUCUGUUAACAAACCUCAUCAAGGGGAACCUGCUCCCCUCAGCUCUCAUCUGGAUAACUUCUCGACCUGCAGCAGCCAAUCAGAUCCCUCCUUCACGUGUGGACAGGGUAACAGAAGUACGAGGCUUCACUGACGCCCAGAAGGACGAGUACUUCAGGAAGAGGUUCAGAGAUGAAGAUCUGUCCAGAAGAAUCAUCUCACACAUCAAGUCCUCCAGGAGCCUCCACAUCAUGUGUCAGAUCCCGGUCUUCUGCUGGAUCACUGCGACAGUUCUGGAGGACAUGAUGAGCAGAGAGCAGAGAGGAGAUCUGCCCAAGACCCUGACUGACAUGUACUCACACUUCCUGCUGGUCCAGACUAAGAGGAAGAAGCAGAAGUAUGAAGGAGGACAUGAGACAAGUCCUCAGGAGCUGACUGAGGCUGACAGAGAAGUCCUCCUGAAGCUGGGGAGGCUGGCCUUUGAACAUCUGGAGAAAGGAGACAUCAUGUUCUACCAAGAAGACCUGGAGCGGUGUGGUCUGGAUGUCUCAGAGGCCUCGGUGUUCUCAGGAGUUUGUACAGAGAUCUUCAGAAGAGAGAGUGUGAUCUUCCAGAAAACUGUUUACUGUUUCGUUCAUCUGAGCGUUCAGGAGUUUCUGUCUGCAGUCUACAUGAUCCACAGUUUCACAAAGAAGAGGAACACAGAAGCUCUGGAGACUUUCCUAAGAGGCAACGAAGACAAAAUGUUUUCUUUCAAGAUGUUUUUUAAUUCUUCUAAAAACCAUGAUGUCUGUUUCUCAUCUCUGGAUGUCUUCCUGAAGAGUGUCAUGAUGAAAUCCCUUCUCAGUAAAAACGGUCACCUGGACCUGUUUGUUCGCUUCCUUCAUGGACUCUCUCUGGAGUCAAACCAGAGACUCUUAGGAGGUCUGCUGGGUCACACAGACAACAGUCCAGAAAUGAUCCAAAGAGUCAUCAAGAACCUGAAGGAGAUGAACAGUGAAGAUGUCUCUCCUGACAGAAGCAUCAACAUCUUCCACUGUCUGAUGGAGAUGAACGAUCUGUCAGUUCAUCAGGAGAUCCAAGAGUUCCUGAAGUCAGAGAACAGAUCAGAGAAGGAACUCUCAGAGAUCCACUGCUCUGCUCUGGCCUACAUGCUGCAGAUGUCAGAGGAGGUUCUGGAUGAGUUGAACUUAAGGAAGUAUAAAACAUCAGACCAGGGACGACAGAGACUGAUCCCAGCUGUGAGGAACUGCAGAAAGGCUGAGUAAGUCCAGGUUUUAUUCUCAGAAUAGUGUAAAUGAUCCCUGUAGUUCUUCUAAUGUCCACGUUACUGAUGAUGUUCUUCUUCAAAUAGAAAUCAAAUAUCAGGGAGGGGGUUUCUUUAGCAAAAACAUGAUCCUGGUGUCUAAAGUCCUGUUAGCCCAGGAUGAGGUCUACCUGUGGACCCCUGAGAACUUGUCCUGAUUGUGGAGGACCUCUUUGUUUUGAAUCGUGUCUGUAAUGAAUAAAGUGGAACUUUGAGGACAAAUCAGCGACCAUAUCUGAGGACACACAGAGGUCUUCUGAUGAUGGUAUCAGUCCAGAUCAACAUCUCAGUCAGUUGUGGUGAACUUGAGUUUGAAGAAGGUGUCUGCAGCUUCUUCCUGCUGGUUUUCAGGUUGGAAAUGAUGAAUCUGUUGUAAAUGAGGGUGUUGACAGCAUUGAUGGUGAAAAUAGAACUGGAUCAUUUUCUACACAGUGGCAGAACUGUCUCUUUACCAUCAUGUUCAUCAUUCAAUAUUCAUCAUCAAUACAACCAUGAAAACUAACAUCAUUUUCCACCACUCACUGGAGAUGAUCUGCUGGACUAGAACAUAUGAAUGAUGAGAACACAGGAGGUAUUUGGACAGCAGCUCCAUGUGUCUGAAAACAAUGGUGGAGAUAGGAUGUUAAUGUCUCUCUCUCUCUCUCUCUCUCUCUCUCUCUCUCUCUCUCUCUCUCUCUCUCUCUCUCUCUCUCUCUCUCUCUCUCUCUCUCUCUCUCUCUCUCUCUCUCUCUCUCUCUCUCUCUCUCUCUCUCUCUCUCUCUCUCUCUCUCUCUCUCUCUCUCUCUCUCUCUCUCUCCGCGGUCUCAUUUCUCCCACUCAGCUGCACGCCUCUGUUUCAGAUGUUGAUGUAAAUUGGUCAGACUGCUGCCUUCUGCUGAAACAGCCUUUAAACAAACACUGCAGCAGACUGGGGUUUGAUCCAGGUCUGAGUCUGAGAGACUGGACCAGGUCUAAAGGACUAUAACGAGCAUGGCUGUCAUUAGGUUGAAUUAAAGCAGGUACCCAUAUUGAUCCUCCAUGUUGAUAUGAUCAGGACUCAUUAUUGAUACCUCACUUCAUGAUUUAGUGCAAACAUUUAAAAAAGUGAAGAAAACACGUUCAAAGAUGAAUCUCUUUUAUUUCCUCUGACUCCAAAUGUUUCUUUCUUUAUGAAACACAAACUAGAAAAAUUCAGUCUGUUAUUUUUAGAGGAGUCAUGAGAACGUACGCCCCCUAGAGUUCAAAUAACCUCAACCCUAACUUUGACCACAGCUCUUCAGGGUUAACUUUGUUUUUAUCUUUAUUGUUCAUUCAUGAAGUAUUGGACGAUGAUGUGCCGAGAGAGAGAGACAGAGACAGAGACAGAGAGAGAGAGAGAGAGAGACAGAGACAGAGACAGAGAGAGACAGAGACAGAGAGAGAGAGAGAGAGAGACAGAGACAGAGAGAGAGAGAGACAGAGACAGAGAGAGAGAGAGAGACAGAGAGAGACAGACAGACAGACAGACAGACAGAGAGAGAGAGAGAGAGAGACAGACAGACAGAGAGAGAGAGAGAGAGAGAGAGAGAUGACCAGAGCCCAAAGACAGAGGUUCAGUGGGUCUUUGUUUCUGUCUCUUAAAGGUCUCUCUGGAUCCAUCAGGUUUUAUAAACGUGUUUCUGCUGCUGAAGCGAAUGUUACAUGAAGAAAAAACUUUGAUUGUGAAAACAAAGAAAUCUUCAACUCUUCAAAUGUUCAGAGUCAAACCAGCUCUAACCUGCUAAAAAACGAUUUUAUCUGAACCAAUCAGAGAAGACGGAGCUGCUGUGAUUUAGUGAGUCGUCCUCUGAUUGGUCAACAGUCAGUGUCUAUGGACAGACUUACAUUACAGCAGGAUGUCAACAUUAAACACUGAGAGGAGCACUGAUCCUCCAAGAGGUACUUUGGAUACUAACCAAUCACAUACCAGGACCAAAAACCUGGUUCUCAGUCCCCUUCUCCAACCAGAACUCAAGAAUUCACUCAGUCAUAAUGAUCCAGCUGCACUAACAUGAAGACAACACUGUUAGAGAACAGAAGGACUAAAAUAAGUCAUGGAGUCAUUUGUCUUGAACAUCUGAACAGUUUUUUUUUCUUCUAAACUUUGACUUCCUGUCUUCUCUCAUGGCUGUGGUCCUGAUAUUAGUAUCUGUCUGGUUAAAAACAGGCCGUCUGUCAAACCAAAGAUCAUGUUUGUUUUUGGGGAAGAGAAACAUCAAAUUACCCUUUAAUGAAAUAUUGUUUGAUAUUUAUGUUGUUACAGAUUUUCUCUCUGUGGACUCUCAGAGACUCACUGUGAAGUUGUGGCCUCAGCUCUGAAGUCCAACCCCUCCCAUCUGAGACAUCUGGACCUAAGUGAAAACACUCUGCAGGAUUCAGGAGUGAAGCUUCUCUCUGCAGGACUGGAGAGUCCAAACUGCAGACUGGAGACUCUGAAGUGAGACACCAUUUCCUUCUGAUCUAACAAUAAGAUGUGACAGCUGCUGCCUUAGAUUUUUCUCUGUGGUUUUUCCAUCAACUUUGGUCGAGCAGUUUGAAUUUGUCGUUGUAAAACUUCAACACAGGAAGAAAAAUCCGACAUUUCAGAGUUGACUUUGAGGAGAACGAUGGAUGUAGAAAGGAAGCAGGAGAAAAUCAGUCCCACAAAUAUUACACAUGCUUGUAGAGGGCAGGAGCAGCAGAGACUAAAGGCUGAUACUGAACUGAUCCACAGUUAAUGUGAUCACUAAUGAAUGAAUGAAGUGUCAGAGAAAUGAUGAGCUGCAGAUUGAAACCUGAAGAACAAAGUUAAUCCAACUCUGGAGAUUUCAUUUGGAAACUCUUGAAAACUUGAAUUUCUUCUUUGCUCAGUCGUGUUCAAAUGUAAAAACCAGAUCCAGAUUUUUCUGCAGUUUUCACUUCAGUUUGUUGAACAUGAACAUCAUCUUGUCCAGUUGGUCCAUAAAAACCUCUCUGAUCAAUGAUCUGUUGGUUUAUUUAAGAGUAGUUUGUCAGUUGUUGACAGCAGACGGACAGACCCCUGAAUAAACUCCUGACUGUUUUCAUCUUCAUGAAGAAUUCAGGACUACAAAAAAACCUUUGAGAUUUCUCACAGGAGUUUCUCAGGAUCUCACUAAAGUUUUCUGAAAAAUUCCUCAAGAUCUUCAAAAAGUUUAGAGAGGAUUUUACAAAGUUCCUCAAGAUCAACUCUGAAAAAGUUCUUCUUCCAUGUCCUUCAGGAGCUCAAGAACAUUGAAUCAUUAAAAACAGGAACAGUUUCUUCAGAGGUUACAUGAUUUUUUCUUUUUUCAGACUGUAUGGCUGCAGUUUGUCAGAGAUCAGCUGUUCUUCUCUGGCCUCAGCUCUGAAGUCCAACCCCUCCCAUCUGAGACAUUUGGACCUGAGAGACAACAAGCUGCAGGAUUCAGGAGUGAAGCUUCUGUGUGACUCUCUGCAGAGUCCAAACUGUAAACUGGAGACUCUGGAGUAAGUUUAGUCUUUGUCUGUUUCUGUUGUAGAUUUUUAUGUUUAUUCAGUUUUUUUAACCCAGUUCAAAUGUUCAUAGAAUUCUUUAAUAUUUCCAGAACUUUCUUCUUUCUCACAUAAAUUCAUAGUUUUUUUAUUGAAUCAUCAGUCAGAUACAGAUGGAGGAAAACUGUGAGUUAUUUUGUUGAUUGAAUGUUGAUGAUUUUUUAUAAAUGGUUCAGAUGAUCACUGCAGUGAUGUUGACGGGUUUACUUCCUCGGUCUCUAAAUCAGUCAAAUGUUCAAGGAUGCAGUGAACUCACUAUCCAUGCAGCUCAGGAACACAGCUCAUCUUUUUCAUACAGGAAACUUUGUCAACAACAAAGGUGUGUUAAAGUCCCAUCAGUCAGCAGCUUCAGUCACAAACCUUGCUGUCAGAGCUCCGUCAUUUCAACCCUCUGUAUAACUCCUCAGCACAGACCAGACCCUGUGAGCACAUCCUCACAACAUGCUGCUUUAGUCACAACAACAACAACAAUCAGCUGUUAGCAGAGAUUUCAUCCAAACAGUCCAGGAUACAAACUUUGAAGUGGUUGGAAAAUUCAGGUGUCCACCGCUCAUGCAGAGUUGACUCAUGUUGAUGAUGUUUUCAUGUCUAGAGGACAUGCUGGAGUGAAUUCAACCAAACCUCCUGAGAAAAAGACAGCGGUGGCAGACAUUAGAUCAGGCUUCAUGACGUCUGUGCGUCCCUUUAUUCAACCAGAUCAGCAGUCCCAGAGUUUUCCCUCAUCUCUUUAGAUUUGAUGGUUUUUGUGAUUUUGAUGUUUCCACACAAACUUUAAAUAGUUGAAACUGAAUUUAGUUUGUCAUGAUAAUGUGACAGCUGUUUUUUUAAAUAAACUUUUAGAUUUGGAGUUUUAGUCUUUUAAUUUCAGAGACAUUUUGAACAUAUUCAUGAGUUAAUAUUCAUGAAUUACAACCAUAUCAUACUGAUAUCAGACAGGAGUGUGACAGGUGUUUAUUAGUCUUUUUGACACGUUACAAUCAUGAGGAUAAAGUCAUGGACUAAACUUGGGCUCCCAGUUUCCUUGUUGUUGUUUCUUCAGCUAGCAUCAUUGUUUUCAUCUCAGUUAUUAAAGUAAUAAUGAUGCUUCAUAAAUUCAGAGUCACAAAAAAACACCAAACAAACCAAAUCUGAAAAAAAUCCACUUUUUCAUCAAAUGAGUUUAAUCGGUCAGAACAUGAGGUUUGAGUUUUCAUGAGGAGGAAACGAGAAAGAUCUGCUCUGACAGUGAGAAACACAGACGUCUGAAUUUACACUGACAGACACACAAACACAGACAGAGACACAGACACACAAACACAGACAGAGAGAGACAGAGAGACAAACACAGACAGAGACAGAGACACACAAACACAGACACACAAACACAGACAGAGACACAGACACACAAACACAGACAGAGACACACAAACACAGACAGAGACACACAGACAGAGAGACAGACAGAGACACAGACAGAGACACAGACGUCUGAAUUUACACUGACAGACACACAAACACAGACAGAGAAACACAGACAGAGAAACAGACAGACACACAGACACAGACAGAGACACAGACGUCUGAAUUUACACUGACAGACACAAAAAUACAGACAGAGAGAGACAGAGAGACAAACACAGACAGAGAGACAAAUACAAACAGAGAGACAGACAGAUAAACAGGGACACAGACAAAGACACACAGACAGAGACACAGACACACAAACACAGACACACAAAUACAGACAGAGAGACACAGACAGACAAACACAGACACAGACACACAGACACAGACAGAGACACACAAACACAGACAGAGACACAGACAGAGAGACACAGACAGACAAACACAGACACAGACACACAAACACAGACACACAAACACAGACACACAGACACAGACACACAAACACAGACACACAGACACACACACACAAACACAGACACACAAACACAGACACACAAACACAGACACACAAACACAGACACACAGACACAGACACACAGACACAGACACACAAACACAGACACUCAGAGAUUUUCCUCUUCGUCUCUUUGCUGUGAUGACUGAAGUCACAAAAACAAAGUUUUCUUCGUCACUUUUAUGAUUGAACCAAAGAAGUUAAAGAACCAAACUCUCAGAUUUUCUUCUUCUCAAUAUUAUUUGAACCAUUUAGAUUUUUCUCCUGAUCAAUAUUCAAUGAUCAGAUUGAUCAGGUUCCUGUUUUGGCUCCAGCCUGGUUGAGGGAGGUGGGCUCAGUGUCCUGGGUGACUCUCUCUGAGCUCUUCUUGGUUGAGAGUAUUUCUGGUUUGUCUCUGACUUCCAUGAACUCAGAUCUGGAGGAUUGCUGGCUGGUCCGGUCCAGUUCUGACAGUAGAGACAACACAGUCUGUUAUUCUGGGUUGAGUGUUCUUGUUGAAGAUCAGUGUACAGUGAGGGAUGAAGGCAGACAAAGAUCCUCCUGUUUCCUCCAUGUCACAGUUCAAGUUCAUUUUGAAGACUUUUAUUGAUCCGAGCGCUGAAGAGGAACAGGAAACGAGGAGUAGAGAGUGAGGGAGGACUUACAGCAGAGGAUCAUGGGAGUCCAACCAGCAACUGCUUCAACAAGGACUCCACCUUCUGAUCACCUGAACCUCUAAUCCAAACCAGUGCUCCAUCACAUCUGAUGUCUUGUCUGUUAUUUUACAUGGAGGGUCAGAGCAGACCAGAUCAUGAGCUCUGACAGACUGGAUCUGGUCCAAAGGUCUCCUGUUGGAGUUCUCUAAGCUCCAUAUUUUAAACCUGAACACCUGAAGUUUGAUUAUUAAUUAUUUUUAUCUUCAUUCUCUUUCCUUUUUUCAGACUGUGGAGCUGCAGUUUGUCAGAGAUCAGCUGUUCUUCUCUGGUCUCAGCUCUGAAGUCCAACCCCUCCCAUCUGAGACGUCUGAGCCUGAGUGACAACAAUCUGCAGGAUUCAGGAGUGGAGCUGCUGUGUGACUCUCUGCAGAGUCCAAACUGUAAACUGGAGACUCUGAGGUCAGACUUUUUUCCUCCAUUCAAACAUGAUCAUGAUUUGUUUGUGAUGAUGACACUAAACUGCUGACUCAGGACUGAAAUACUGACCCAGACUGAACACCUUCAGUCCAGAGUAGAUUUUCUGCAUCAGUGGAUUAUUUGAUUGACUCCAGUUCGAUCACUGCUGAGCUCCAGUGAAUUAAAACCUGAACCCAAGAAGAAAACUCUUUGUAGAGUUCACAGUGAGAAGCUCAUUCAGACAGAAAACAGAAGCAGGGGGAGAUUUGUCAGACGAGAACCAUUCAAACUUUAGUUCAGGACAAGAUCAGGGAACAGAAAAAACUCAGAGUUUAGUUUCUGACUCUGAUGAAAGUCCAGCUCUGUUACUUUGAAUUUUGUUUUUGAAUCUUUGUGUGAAAAUCUGAAUUUUCUGGUUUAUCUGCACUUUUCUGAAGCCUUGCUGUGUUUAGACUGAAAUAUUUACCUCUCAAAGACGUGAUAUUUUUGGUUCAGCAAAGUGAAAAUAGUCUGAACAUCCUUUAUUUCCCAUCCGUCCUGAAGUCGCUGACAUUUUCUGAAAAUAUUGAUCUGCAUCUACAAUCAGUAAAAAAGUCUCUGAGUUUUUUAUUUCACUAUUUAAUGUGUUUUUGAAUUCACUGUUUCAAACUGACUUCCUGUUUGGUUCAGCUCUUUGGAGCGUCACUUUUCUGUGAUUCAGACUUUCCAAACCUUUCCCCUGAACUCUACAGAUUUAAGACAUCAGGUUUCAAACUGGAUCAUUUUUGUCUAAAAUCUCAUUAUUUCCUCUUUAUUUAGGUUGAGUGGCUGCAGUUUGACAAAGAUCAGCUGUUCUUCUCUGGCCUCAGCUCUGAAGUCCAACCCCUCCCAUCUGAAAACUCUGUGGCUGUAUGGAAACAAGCUGCAGGAUUCAGACGUGAAGCUGCUGCGUGAUCUUCAGAAGAGUCCAGACUACAGACUGGAGACUCUGAAGUCAGUAUAGAGUUGGAGUUAGUCUGUGCUGAUCUCUCCUGUUCCUCUCCACACAGUAUCACAGCAGAUAUUCAGUAUUUCCUGCUGACUCUUCGACCCUCUCAGAGGAUUCUUUCUUUAGUGAAGCUGUGAGAACAGAAAUCAUCAAACCAGGAGUGUAAGAGUGUCAGUGAUGAAAAAAGUGUCUCCUCGUCUCUAUAUUUCAGAUCAAAUGUAGAAAUGAGACAUAAUGAAACAGAAAUGUUCAGUUUCUGCUCUGAAGUCCAGUUUAUAGUUCUCUGUAUUCAACACAGACUUUAUUUCUCUGCUAACUUGUUGAUUUUGAGCUCUAAGUCUGAAAACAGACAGCUGUUCUUUAUACUUGUUAUUUUCACAGCAGGUUUGUUCGAUCAGCUUUAACACAUUUGACAGGAAUGAUUUCUUUAUUUUGAUGAUGUUGGUUUAUUUGUGAGGAAACCUGCUGCUUUACACCAUCACUUCUGGUCUGAGCAGGACUGAGACCUGCUGGUCUGUAAACUGGAUGUUCUUCAGUCUAGCUGAUGAAGUGAGUCUCAGAGUGGAAACACUGAUCGUCUGUUUUUCUCUCCUCAGAUGGAGGUAUUAGCUGUCAGAGUGAUUAAGAAGAGGAUCAUCUGUUUCCUGACGAUCAGAGAGGUGGAGGCAGCAGCAGUGAGGGUGAGGUGAGUCUCUGACUGAGAGACUGACUGACCAAUCACAGCGGGCGGAGAGGACUCUGGGAGCUGCACUUUGACCUGCUCUGAGAUCAGCUCAGGACCUGGACUCUGGAUAUUUGAUCUUUUCCCUCAUAUUCUGGGAUCAAACAGUCUGAACAGGUUUGUUUUGUUGAUGGAAACAUGAUCGUAAAUUUACACUUUGAUUGGAUUACUUUGUUUUUACCAUGAUGCAGCGCCACCCAGUGGAGAUAUAAAGAGGUGGAGUUGAUUUAUUCCCACAUAUUUCUGCAGCAGGAGUUGAUACCAUGUGUGAGAGUAGAUCAGUCAGAAGUUCUGAUUAAACCCAAAGGUUUUUUCUUUCCUUUUCACCGUUAGAGACCGAAUAUAAACUGAAGGGAGAGGAAGAGAAGUGAGGAGAGAUGGAGGUGAAGGGAGGAGGAGGAGGAGGACAGGGUUUGGGGUUUUAACAAAAAUCUGAAGCUUUAUUCUUUCACUUGAUUAUUUUUAUUCAUCCGUUUUCUUCUUCAUUUUCUGAAAUGAUUGUAAAUAUUGACUGGAGGUAUAUUGACCUUAUUUUAUAUUAUUAGACAUUAUUUUUCGUUUCUUUACAUGUUUUUGUUUUCAGAUCAUCUUUGUGCUAAUCAAUAAUCGAUUCCCUUCAGUUUGGAUGAACAAACACAAUUAUUAAACCAUAAAUGAGACCUGAGAGUAAAAUGUGUGAAAUAUAAUCAGUCAAAGGAAAGAUUCUUGAACAAAAACAAAAACAUUAUUUUUACUUUAUUAUGACGGAGAAGUUUUCCUCUGACAGACAAAAAUAACCGUAUUGACUGGAGUCUGGAAAAAGUGAGAUCAGCAUCUAUUCAGGGUGAAGUCAUUAACGUGGUCGAUGCUGUUUUAUAAACUCAGUGUUGUUGAUUACAAUCUCAGCUUCAUAAAUUGAUGCUACAGUGGAGUGACUUCCUGUAAAAUCCACUGUCUUUGUGAGACCGUCAGCUUUCAGGAGAUCAGUUUGUGUUUCUGUGACACUCCAAAGCUUUUCUAUCCCACAGAGAAGGUCGGUGUGUUUUCAGAGACCUUCCUGAUCCCAUCCCUCCAAAAUGAAAAUAAUCUGAUGGUUUAUGGAUUAAUCUCAGUAACAAAGUGUCAUUUCUGUUGUUAGCCAAUCAGAGGCUGUAUCUGCCGUCAGCUGACCUGUAAAGAUCCAAUCAGAAGUCAGGACAGCUCAUGUCACAGUCUGAUCACAGUAGAGAAACAUUAAACAUAGAACUAUUGUGAACAGAUCUGUCCUCUUCAGUUUAUCUAGUAUCAAUAGAUCUAUGCUCUGUCUGUGUAACUCUAUGUUGGUUCUUCAUUUACACCAGAUCAUUUUUGAUUUCAUUUCACUGUAACAAUGUCAUUUAAAGACAAUAAAAACUUUAUUUGAACCAAAACAUGUUAAAAACAUCAACUCAGCUUGUUUCAGUCACUGUGUCCAAUUGAUUAUUAUUAUUAUUUUUCAUCCAAACAAAAACUAGAUUUGGUCUUUAAAAAGUCCUCAAAGUGAGUCUGAAAAGUGGAGGAAGGUUUUCUCAUCAGGGUGCUCCUAUAUUCAGGUCAAUACGGUAGUGGAUCAUAGAGACUCAAAGCCUUGAUUCAGCUGAGGCUGGAGGACGCUGCGUGAAGGAAAGUCGGUGUGUUUAGUUGGUCUUAGUUUUUAUUAAACAGGAACUUUGAUUUGAUCGUCUUUUCUUGGAAAUCAAACUUCCUGUUGGACUCAAAGAUAAAGUCUGUGAUCCCCGUCAGGUUUGAAGACUUCAGUCUCACAGCAGAGUGAUUGUGGCUCUGAGAUGUUUGGACAUGUUGAAAUUGAAGCUUUUCUUUGAGAAAAACAAACUUAAUCAUGCAGCACAGUUGAUUCAUGUGUUUUUAUUGGUGAUAUUCUCUCUAAGGUUAUUGUUCAUUCAAAGUAUGUGGAGGACAAAUCCACACAUCUAACAAAAAAAGGUCAAAUAUGAAGAUAGGAGAUUUCUGCAGGACAUCAACGAUAUUCUAGAUUUAGUUUUCUAAACAACAGGUGGUCGUCUCUUAUACUUUGAUCCAGAAAUCUGAAAAGGGGUUACUAAAGCAAAAGGAGAAAAACACACAUGUAUACUGUAUGUAUAGAUAGAUAUCUCACAGAACAGAUAUACAGAAAGGCAACAAGAGAAAGAUAUUUAUAUUGAAAAUGAAUACAGAUAUGUUGAUGUUAUAUGUUUUUAUAGUUAUAAUUUUAACAGAAAUAUUACUCAUAUAACAUUCACUGACUGAUAAAAUAUUUUAUAUAUAAAUGAUUUGAUAUUCUACCUUGUGUGUGUAGGCCUAUAGCUAUUGCUCUACCUAUCUAAUUAUUGUUUAUUUAUGAAAAUCUGAGGUUAAAAUUAUUCUUGAGUAUUCAGGAACAAAACUAAAACUCUGAGGUUUGAAACAAACCAAACUGUCUAAAAAUCAGUUUAAAAUUAAACAAUCUAUGGUCAACUGUAGACUGGAAUGUGUCAUCUAGUGUUUAGACAGUCUAUGAUAGAUGCCGCCCUCUGCCAAAACCAACGAAGAAGAAGAAGAAGAAGACCUCAGUAAUAUGGACGCCGGUGAAGGCUUCAAUCCACGAACAUCUUUGCUCUUUGUGUGUAUGGUUCGUAUGUGUGAAUAAAUGUUCAGUGUGGAAAUCCCUCCACUUCACCUCCCGCCUCGAAACUUGAUUUCAUGCCGGAGCUAGGCUAAUAGCAUCCGCGGCUAAGCGUCCCUCCAACUCCACGUUACAAAUCCGUGGAGGAGAGGAGCGGAGGUGGGCUGCAAGGCUGGAGAAAUGCUGAGGUGUCCUUUCAUUCUUUUACACUGAUCUGAGCGUCACAACAUAUAAAUUAUCUGUGUGAGUGUGAUGGAGUUUGGCAGCAACAGACUGACAGCUUUUCUUGUCCAUUUUCAGCUCAGAAACCGGAACAUAAAGUUCAGCUGCUGUUCAGCCAUCAAAACAGCAGCAGAGUGAGACGUCUUCCUUUUCCUCAUACCACUGUCAUUACUCAUCGGCGCCCUCCGGUGGCCAAAACUGUAACUGCAUAUGGAUUAAUGAAGAUUGUGAUGAGACGCUAAGGAGCAGGAGUCAGAGUGACAUUUCUGCAGCUGUUUGAGGACGAACCGUGAAGAGAGGCUGAUUAUGGCGAUGGAAAAACAAAAGAUGGACAAUCGAGAAACAAACUAAACUCUGUCUGAACAAACACAGAAUCUCUUUGAUAGUUUUAGAUGGAGAAGAAGAAGAAGAAGAAGAUGAAGAAGAAGAAGAUGGGUUUGAGGCAGUCCACUAGAUGGCGCCAACGUGAAACUCUGUUUAGAUCAGCAGACUUUAAUAGUGAACGAUUUUCAUCUGUUUUUGUAUUUAAUACCGGUUUCUGAGCUGAAAAUGGACAGAAAAGCUGUCAGUUUGUUGUUGCCAAACUCCAUCACACUCUGAGUUCAUUUAUUUCUUAAAAUAAACCCAAAUAAAAAAAAGUUAAACCUGUGUGUUUUUAUGUUUGUCCAUGGACCCUUUUAGUGAAUUUAAUGUAUUUUAAUGUUCUUCUUGUUGGUUUGUUUUCCUUUAUAUCUGAGUUGUCCUCUUUUCUUCUCUCCUUUCUCUAACAGUCAGAGUAGAACAGAGGCUAACAGAGGAUUGAAGUCAUUUUCAUUAACCAGACUAGGACACUAACAUUAACUUAAACCACCUUAAAAACAAGUGAAUCCUCCUUAAAUAUCUGUAGGUGACAGAUUUAAUGGAGGAUGGACAAAAAGACGGUGAAUCUAAAACCAGAGAGUGGAAAUAUGUUGGAGACAUGCUGGAUCUUAGUCCAGAAGGAGGAUUUCAGAGUCUCUGUGGUUCAUAGGGGGAAAAGACUGACUUAGACUCCUGAGGUUGAAGGUUCAAAUCCUUAUUUAGGUCCUGUUAAAUAUUCAAGUCCAGUGUCUAGAAAGGAGAUACUACUCUACGAAGCCAUGAUCGGAUUAACUUCAUUAGAACUAAUCCUGAUUAUUCAUCAAUAAAGUGUCUUUUUAUUAUCAGUUCAUCACUUUAAACUUAAUGUUCGAGAGCUGGUAGCAAACCUUCCCCCCGCACCAUAUACCAUCCACACAUGCACGAGCUCUGCGCUCUUUUACCUUCGAACUUUGACUUCAGAAUUCAUCGAUAGAUGGAUGCUGAUCAUGUGUCUCUGUCCCACUGGGUCAGAGGAUAGUUUAACGGACUGGGACUCGGGAGGAUGGGGUUCGAGCCCCGGGGGAGACCGCGAAUUUUAAAGUCUAGGAGCGAAGAUAUGAAGAUAUAAGUGAACUACCUCUUAACUACGAUCCGUUUCUAAUUGUAACACCACAGAUCAUUUGUGGAUCAGAACUCUGGGAUAGUCAUAUAUUCAGGCUCUGAAAAGAACUAAGUCGCCUUCGGGACUCGAACUCGAGACCUCUGCAGUGUUACUCUACUUCUCUACCUCUGAAUUAUUGAGACACUGUAUGCCCUGUGGAGAAAGUUCUAUAAACCUGUUUGACUCUGAUUUAUAGCUACUGGACUUAAAAAAUUCUACGUGUCUCCUCAGGAUCAGGAACAAAUAACAUUUGAAAAUAAAGUGACAUUAUCACAGAAUAAUCACAGCACUCAGGGCUGAGCUUCUGUUUUUUUAAUAGGAUAAUGUAAAGCUGGGAAAUAAUCACUUUACCACCUCUUCAGAGUUUACAACUGGAGUGCCCACAGUUACGACCUCCGCCCACAGGGGGGCGGAGCUUCGCCGUCAAAGCUGCUGACUCUGCACUGAAGGAAAUCCCCUCAACCCGGAAGCGUUCCUCCACGACGUCCAAGAACCGGUCGGAGCAGAAAACUUGAAAGAAAAGAAGAGAAGAAAUCAUAAAGACGAAGUUUCGAGCUGCUCCUUCUGCUCUGAACGACAAAACGAAGGAAUAGUGAGAGAAAACGGGGACAUAUAAUAAUAAUAAUAAUGAUUCAUUAAAGAGACAGAGUUAGAGCAGCUCUGCUUUAGUUUGAUUUUAUUAACCCACUGACUGUAACUGAAGAAUUAUGGUCAAUUUUAAAGUGAAAUUAAAAAAUAAAACAGUUAGAAUCUGUCUGUAUCAGAGGGGGAGAGAUCCCAGAUGGGAGGAAAGCGUGCUUCAGUUUUCUUCAAGACUCGAAACUGCAGGGUAGAAUUUAAAGGUGGAGAUAUGACGGUACACUCUCAUGGACACUAGGGGGCGGUAAACGCCUGAACGGUGCUUACAAUCCGCCAUUAAAAGGAAACAAGAAGAAGAAGAAUCGUUCUUCCUCUUCUUCUUUAUUUCCGGCAGAGUAGACUCCGCAGGACCUUUUUCUGCCCUCUACCGGAGUCUUGUUAAAUCAGAUGUUCUUUAUUUUUUAUCUCUAUUUAUUUCUUCGGAUGUUGUUCUUUAUUUUUUAUCUUUAAUUGUUUCUUCAGAUGUUUCUCUUUAGUCCAGUUUCUCGCAGUUCUCCGUCAUUUGUUGUUGUUAAAAUAAAAAUAAAACCUCCUAACUUCCGAACUUUGAACACGUCUGCGGCUUCUUUCUGUGCGAUCACCUCUGAUUCUACAAACAUGUUGAACUAUAUUGAUACAGCCCUGUCCUGGUUUCCUGUUGUCAGUAGAUAUUGACUAAUUAUUGAUCGAACCUCAGCAAUCCUCCUUCAGCCGAGCUGCUCCGGUCCAAACCGGGGGUCCUGUCAGUCAAUUAACUCACGCGGACACUCUAUAAAAGGGGGAGGAGGAGAAGCCUACCCUUCCUCCUGCUCUGGCCUGUCCAUCCACUUCCGGGUCGCCUCUCCUCACGCCAGCACCUGUGCAGGUGAGUCAGCGGUGUCUGCUGAACCCGCUCACAGGUCACUUCUCACGCGGAUUUCUUUGUUUCCGUUUGUUUUCAGACUCGGUGUUAACGGCCCCGUGGAUCUGGAGUCAUCCGAACAGUUAACACGUGCUCGGUUCCUUCUGUCCCUCUAGGGUUUCUCAAGCGGUUCUGAUCGGUGCUCCUGAUCGGUGGUUCUGAUCGGUGCUCCUGAUCGGUAUGUAUGCCGUCUGACAGUAUAACAAGUCUGUACCUCCAUCUUCUGAAACUAACCAGAGUUAAUUUUCUGUCUCAGGGUCGUGUCUUCGCCUCUUCCUGGGCUGCUUGGCGGUUUUCCCGCCCCUGGUCGUCUGUUUGCUAACUCUGCUGCAGAUUUUGGAGGGUGGUUGAGGUCAUUAUGGGGUUAACUUUAGUUCUGUAGUUUGUUUUUCUGUGUGGGGUUUAUCUCUUUGUCUGGAGUUUGUGGGGAACAUCUUUAGUUUAUUUCUAUUAAUGGACUUUACGCACAGCUCCUCUACCUCCUGAACUUGAAGCAGCUCUUUUAUUUUCUGUCUUAAUUAUUGGACAAACUGAUUGAUCCAGGUGUGUCUGAUCAUUGAUUCCUCAGACACACCUGGAUUAAUCAGUUUGUCCAAUAAUCAAGACAGAAAAUGAAAAAGCUGCUUCAAGUUCAGGAGGUAGAGGAGCUGUGCAUAAAGUCCAUUAUGGAUUCUGGGUCGUUUUUAUUAUUUAAUUGUAAUUUAACAUUAUUUUAGGUUUGUUAUUUCUCUUGACUGAGUCCACUAAUUUUUUUUUUCAGUUGCUGGAAGCUGACGGUUCCUGGUGUUGGUGUCCCUGGUCUUCAGUUGUUUCACUGAUUUCUGAAUUGGUUGUUUAAAUAAAGAUUUCUUUCUCUUUAAAAUUGAACCUUGUCUUUUUCUUCUUUUUAAAGGUUAAAACAAACUGGAGUGCUUUAAAAGAUGACGUUUGCUUUGAAAGCGUAAAACACACACAAAAUAAAACCUCUUCCUUUUAUUAAGUAGAAACACAGCAAGAGGGUCACAUUUAUAAACUUGAUAAAGCUGAUUAAAAUAAAGACAGACAGUGUAUUAAGGGUUUUCUGGUUUUUAUUACAACCUUGUGGACCCCCCCACCCCUUCAGGGUUCCUGGUGGUUCUGUUGAUGUUUUCAGCAGGUGUAGUGUUCAUUUAUGUAACGCUAAAGCUGCUGUUGUGUUUUUCUACAGAUCUGCUGAAUAAAAACACAAAAGCAGCCGUAGCUUUACAUAAAUGAACACCAACACUGCUGAAAACAUCGACAGAGCCAUCAGGGACCCUGAAGGAGCUGAGCCAACACCAGGACUCGUCCUCUGCAGGUCUCCACCGAGUCUCCAGUCCUCCUGAAGACACCUGAGGAUCAAACAAGGAAAAGAAGACAUGAGGAUCUGGAGUUCAGGACCCAGUUACAUUAAGUAAAAGGCAUAAUCCAGAAAAGGCGCCGCCUGGUGGUCAGUUUGGAUAUAACUUGAUUAAAGUUUUCAAAAGUACCAGGCCUGAUGUUUUUAUUGGUUCUUCUGAGCAAAGACACUCUUAAACAGUUACAAAUAAUACUGACAUUACAUCAAAGAUGGUUAAAAAUAUCAGUAAUACUCUCUUUUGUUUAAAGUUUUAAAAUCAAAUAACGGAGAGUGAAAUACAUUUAGAGGAUUUCAGAGCAGGAUCAAUUAUCAGAUCAAAGUAUCAAUAAACUACAGGUUCUAAUGGCGCCAGGUGAUCCGGAUUAAACAGCCAAUCAGCACUUGAGCUAACAAACAAAACCUUGAGAUUAAAUACCCGCCAAGUUUAAAAGCCUUUAAAAUGUCGACGGGGUCAUUAAGUAGUCAUUUUAAAAUGUUUUUAAAGCCUUUAAAAUGUCGACGGGGUCAUUAAGUAGUCAUUUUAAAAUGUUUUUAAAGCCUUUAAAAUGUCGACGGGGUCAUUACAUAGUCAUUUUAAAUGUUUUUAAGCCUUUUAAAUGUCGACGGGGUCAUUAAAUAGUCAUUUUAAAUGUUUUUAAGCCUUUUUACCGUCUCAGACUUCCACUGUCACCGGGACAGAGGCUGCAACAAUCAGACACAAACUACUUUAUCGAGAAAUUUACGGACAAAACGAGAGUUUUAGUGGCUAAAAUCAACUCCGGCUGAAGGAAUAACAGCCCGUCAGAGUUCCUCCGACGCUAAAAAACAACAGUUACUCACUAAAUUCGGAAUGACAGCAGGAGAUACUGUCCGAUGGAGACGCCGCGAUGAAGUGAGGAUUCUCUCACGUGACUUCCGGGAAUUUAUAAACUUCUUCUUCUUUGGUUUUGGAAGACUAGAUGCAUCCGUGGCGUAUUGCUGCCCUCUGCUGUUUCCAUGCGAUACCUGUCAGAUAUUAAACAGAUCCUGUUCUAUUUUCCAGUGCACUGUUUUUAUUUUAUUUCGAAUUUUGGUAAGAAAAAAAAAUGUCAUAGUAUAGUAUGUUACAAAAUGUCAUUAUAAAGCAUGAUAAAAUAUUUCAAAUUUUGGUAUGAAAAUGUCAUAGUAUAGUAUUUAAAAAAUAUCACAGUAUAGUUUGAUAAAAAUGUCAAAGUAUGAUUAAAAUGUCAUCAACUAGCAUGAUACAAUAAUUAAAAAUUUGAAGAAAAAAGGUUAUAGUUUAGUGUGUUAAGAUUUUUGAAAUUUCUGUAUGAAAAGAAAUGUCAUAGUUUAGUUUAGAAACAGGUCAGAAUAAAAUAUGUUAAAAAAUGUCAUACUAUAAUAUGUUAAAAAAUAUCAUACUAUAGUAUGAUUACAUAUUUCAAUUUUUGUUUGAAAAAAGUGUCCUAGUAUUAUAGGUUUAAAAUGUCAUAGUAUAUAAUAAAAGAUGUCAUAGUAUAGAUUCAUUUAAAUGUUGUAGUACAGUAUGUUAAAAAUGUUAGAAUAUAGUAUGCUAAAAAAAAUCAUAGUAUAGUGUGAUAAAAAGUUCUAAUCUUUAUAUGAAAAAAAUGUCAUAGUAUAGUGCUUAAAAAAUGUCAUUGCAAAGUAGAAUAAAAAAUGUCAAUUCUUUGUGUGAAAAAAAAAUCCUAGUAUAGUAUGAUUAAAAUGUCAUCGUAUAGUAUGUUAAAAAUGUUAUAGUAUAGUAUGAUAAAAUUGUUAUAGUCUAGUAUGAUUACAAUGUUAUUGUAUAGUUUGUGAAAAAUGUCAUAGUAUAGUAUGUCGAAAAUGUCAUGGUAUAAUGUUUUAAAAAACAUCAUAGUAUAGUGUGAUAAAAAGUUCAAAUUUUUGAAUGAUAAAAAUGUCACAGAAUAGUAUGAUAAAAAUGUCACAGAAUAGUAUGAUAAAAAUGUCAUAGUAUAGUUUGAUAAAAAUGUCAUAGUAUAGUAUGAUUAAAAGUUCAUAGAUUACCAUGAUUACCAAUAUUGAAAAAUUUUAAAGUACAGCAUGAUUAAAAUAUCAGUAUACUAUGAUAAGAAUUAUAAGAUUUUUUUACGUAAAAAUGUCAUAGUAUAGCAUGUUUAAAAAUUUCAUAGUAUAGAAUGUAACAAAAUGUCAUAGUAUAGCAUGAUAAACUACUUUUUUGUAUGAAAACAUGUCAUAGUAUAGUAUAAUUAAAUGUCAAAGUAUAGUAAGAAAAAAUAUCAAAUUUUUGUAUAAAAUGUCAAAGUAUAGUAUGAAUGAAAUGUCAUCGUAAAGUAUAAAAAUAUUUUAAAUUUUAGUAUGAAAAUAAAAGGCAGAGUAUUGUAUGAUUAAAAAUCAUGGUAUAGAAUGAUAAGAAUGUCAGAGUAUAGUAUAGAAAAAAUUCGAAUUUUUGUACAAAAAAGGUCAUAGGAUAGUAUGUUCAGAAAUGUUAUGGGAUAUUUUCUUAAAAAACAGCGUGAUGAAAAAUUACAAAUUUUUAUAUGAAAAAAAUGUCAUAGUUUAGUUUAGAAACAGGUCAAAAUAAAACAUGUUAAAAAAUGUCAUAAUAUAGUAUGAUAAAAUAUUUCAAAUUUUUGUAUGUUAAAAAUAUCAAAAUAAAGUAUGAUUAAAAUGUCAUAAUAUAAUAUGUUAAAAAAUGUCAUAGUAUAGUAUGAUUAAAUAUUUCAAUUUUUGUAUGAAAAAACUGUCCUAGUAUUAGGUUUAAAAUGUCAUAGUAUAUAAUAAAAGUAGUCUUAGUCUAGACUGAUUUAAAUGUCAUAGUAUAGUUUGAUAAAAAUGUCAAGGUAUAGUACGAAAAAAUAUCAAAUUUUUGUAUAAAAAUGUCAAAGUAUAGUAUGAAUGAAACGUCAUCGUAAAGUAUAAAAAUAUUUUAAAUUUUAGUAUGAAAAAAAAUGUCAGAGUAUUGUAUGAUUAAAAAUCAUGGUAUAGAAUGAUAAGAAUGUCAGAGUAUAGUAUAGAAAAAAUUCGAAUUUUUGUACAAAAAAUGUCAUAGUAUAGUAUGAUUAAAAUGUCAUAGUAUAGUAUGAUUAAAAUGUCAUAGUAUAGUAUGUUCAGAAAUGUUAUGGAAUAUUAUGUUAAAAAACAGCCUUGUACAGUGUGAUAAAAAAUUACAAAUUUUUAUAUGAAAAAAAUGUCAUAGUACAGUUUGAUUAAAAAAAGUUCAAUUUUUUGUAUUAAAAUAAUGUCAUAGUAUAGUAUCAUAAAAAAUGUCAUGUUUUUGUAUGAAAAAAAAAUUCAUAGGAUUGUGUGAUUAAAAUGUCAUAGUAUAGUAUGUUAAAAAAUAUCAUAGUAUAGUAUGUUUAAAAAGGUUAUAGUAUAGUAUGAUAAAAAUGUCACAGUAUUGUAUGAUUAAAAUAUACAAAACUGCAAAACCGAGGGGUUCCCAUGUCUCUUAUAAGAAUCCUGAUUUUUCACCAGAAAGUGUUUGUGAAAUGGGGUGACUUUACAUCUGCCCCAUUCAACAUAUGGAGUUAGGCAGGGGAGUAUUUCAUCUCCAUGUCUUUUUCAUAUCGAUAUGGACGAGUUAUCCAACCAGCUGAGCAGGCUGUAUGAUUGGACUGGACUUUGACAGUUACUCAGAAUAUGUUCUUAAUAUGGUUCUGACUUUGAUUUUAAAUUUGAUGGAAAAAAGAACAACGUCAUGAUAGACAAUAAAUGGUCAUUUCCUGUCUUCUCAGUCUCUGCUACUGUCCAUAAAACAUGUGAAGAAGUCAAAUACUCAGGACAUCUUCUGACUGAUCACCUGUCCGUGAAGAUCACUCUUUUUAAAACUUUCUGCACCCCAGUGUUCGUAUACUGCCCUCUUGUGGUGGCACUACAAAAGGAGCUUUGUGCAGAGACUCAAGGUGGUAUAUCAUGAUGGCCUGAAGAUGCUGCUGAAUGUGCCCAGAGGGAGCAGUGCGAGCCAAGUGUUUGUGAGUGUUGGUGUGUCUACAUGUCCUGCUGUACUCAGGAACCUCUCUCAUGUGUCGGUACUUGUUCCACCUGAGACUCACCUGGGGUUUCAUCAUGAGCAGCUCUUUUACUGUAGUCUUCUUAUGCAAGACCUGGACGUAUUCAGGCGGCCUGGGACCAGUGUUAACACAAACUGUGGGGGAAGAUAAACAGUGAAAAAUGAUUCAUGGUUUUCAGCAUUGGUGAAAUCAAUGAUAUGUGGUUGUGCUUCAAUAAAUGGAGACCCUGUAGAGAAUGAUGUGUUAAUAAGAUUUAACUUCCGGUUUGAGUCGAAUUUAGUUUGUAAAAACUUCAAAAUGUUUGACAAAAACAUGUUAAAGCACCAUCGCUGCUUGUCCUGAUCAACUUUAACCAGCUGUAGACACUUUUCUUAUUUCAUUUCACCUCCUGAAUUGAAUUAAAGGAGAAAAACAGAACUUCUUCAGGACAUUUAAAGUUUUUGAGCUGCACCUGUAUCUCCUGUUACUCAGUUUGAGCUUUUAAGGCUCCUGUGGGUAACGUUUGGCUUUUGCUGAUUGUGGCGCCCUCCUGUGGACAAAACUUUUGCUGGUUCCUGAGGACUCCAGGGUUCAGUGGAAGCAGCAUUGACAUUUAGCUCAUUGAUGUUGCAGUCAAAUAAAACCUGAGAAGUUUGGUUAAAAAGAGCAGAAACUUGACAAAGAUUGUAAACAAUAUCCAUUUAUGUUUGUACUUAGAUAUGUCCAGAAACCUGCCGAUAUACUGUCAUUUUAUUUGUAUAUUUGAUAUUAUUUGAUAUAAUAUUAUCUAAUAUCAUAAAUAUGUGAUUGACAGGUCUGAGACGUCCUCACUGAAGCUGCUUUAUUCCCUUCCCGUGUACAAAGACGAUAUAUUCACACAGUCAAAGAAACUCUGCUGGAAACUGACGCAAAGCAGAGAAACUAAAUCACUCCCAGUGUGUUGGUGUGGAUUAUGGCACAUAUUCAUCCUAUUUCAUGUCGAUUUAAUCUUGAUUAAUAAUGCUUAAGUUAUCCUUUUAUGUACUAAAACACGUGUUUAAUCCAAAAAUAGAUCCUGUCUAAUAAAUUUGAUGUAGCAUACAUUAGUAUGUGGAAUCAUUACAAAAGUACAAAAGUUGUCGUGUUGAAAAUUUAGCAGUAAAAAAAAAAGAAGGUAGUUCUGUCGGACAAAAAUGAUUCCAGAGAGUGAAGUUCAAUGUUUACCGAGAGGAAGUGAUUCAGUUCAGUACGUUCACUUAAAGAUUUGGUUCUUUUGAACGAAUCGUUCGUGAACGACACAACAGCACCCCCUGGAUGUUCCCGGAUUUCUUACAGAAAUCUGUUCAAUUUAGAGCAACAUAAUAUCUCUCUCACACACAGGAGGACGUUCGUACGUCGUUCGUUUGUUUGUCUGUUAAAGUGUUAUUUUAAAUCACUGAAACAUAAGACACAGAUCCAGUCUUUGGUCACUAAUAAACACCGAAAAACACAGAUUUACAACAACAAAAGGAUUUACCGUUAACCUCUUCUUCUUCUUCUUGAGUUUGAUUGGCGCUUGGUAAACAACGAAAUGGAGCAUUUCCGCCACCUGCUGGUUAGGAGUGUGGACCAGAAUAUCUAAUACCAACACUUGUCUCCUUUUUUUUCUCCGUGUUUUAUUGUUUUAGCUCCAUAUUAACUCGAAGUGUCGAUCAUGUAAGUGAGCCUCUGAGGUUUUUAUAUUUAAUUUGAUUAUUUCUGUUGAUCAUGAUUCAGUUAUUUUACAUGAACAGUUCACCGUACAGUCAGCGCUCAUGUCGGCUUCAUAGACCCCGGAUGUUUGCUGCCCUCCUGUGGAUAUGUCGCGUUACUACAACUCUACUGUUAAAUCUGUCACACAUUAACAUGGAGCAACAAUCCUGAACGUUUUCGCCACCAAUGAACAUCUUCUAAUAAUUAAAAACAGUGUUAUGUGUAUUAAUAUAAACUAUUACAUAUUGUUAAAUACAAUAUUAUAUCAUAUUACAGCCUGCACUUUGUUUAAUAUCUGUCUAUAGAUUCUAUAUGGUGUACCUGUAAUUUGUUUCCCCUAACGAUGUUCUUUCUUCUAUUUUUUCCCCUUUUUUUUCUCUUUUCUGUUUUUUUACAAUAUGGACUUACCUGUUUACUUUGUCGCUUGAAAUUGCAAAUAAUAAUAAUUAUUAUUAUUCUCUGCAUAAAAUUAAUGGCUUCUCUCAUAACAAAUAAUCAAUGAAAAUGUUUGAUACUGGAUUUGAAAUAAGUCAGUUUGCUGAUGAUACUGUCAUUGUUUUGAAAAAUAAAUCAGUCCUCAGGAAAGCUUUAGAAGUCCUCUGGGUUUUCUCUCGGGCAUCAGGUCUUUGUCUUCAAAAAUGUGAACUGUUUCCACUUCACGACUGCAAUGAUAAUGAACUUGAGUCAAUCCCUGUAAAAAAUGAAAUAUUUGGGAAUUCAACGAUCCAGAGAGGUCAAAACUAGAGAAUCAAAACAUUUAAGGAAAAAAGGGAAGAAAUGACAAAAAGUCACGGCUCGCCCCAAGAUGAGUGGAUGAAGAGGAGGGGGUUUAAUCCAUCCAGUGUUUUCUCUGAAUCUCUCUCUUUGGAGGCUGCAUGCUGUUCAGUCUCUCCAAAACUAGAUCAGCUCCUCCCCCUUUUCCCUCCCCUCCUAUAUAAAGCACCUGUGGCAGGAGAGCUACCUUCUCUAUUGUCUGUUUGCUGCCGAACAAAGAUUGAGACUAAAUAUUGUCCUUUUUGUGCUUUUCUUAUGUUUGUGGGUCAAUUACAUUCAUUUUUGUUUCACAAUAUAUAUUUUUUUGGUUUAAAAAUGUUUGUGCAUUUUAUUUCAUAUUUUUCAUUUAACAAAAUUGUUGUUUUUCAUUAAAAGUUUUUUUUUCUUCACUUUAACAGAAACCAAAUAGCGGUGUUUGAAAACUGUUUUGUAGUCAAUAUUUUUGAUAUUGAACAGAAUUAAAUACAAAAACAGAUGAAAAUCGUUCACUAUUAAAGUCUGCUGAUCUAAACAGAGUUUCACGUUGGCGCCAUCUAGUGGACUGCCUCAAACCCAUCUUCUUCAUCUUCUUCUUCUUCUCCAUCUAAAACUAUCAGAGAUAUUCUGUGUUUGUUCAGACAGAGUUUAGUUUGUUUCUCGAUUGUCCAUCUUUUGUUGUUCCGUCGCCAUAAUCAGCCUCUCUUCACGGUUCGUCCUCAAACAGCUGCAGAAAUGUCACUCUGACUCCUGCUCCUUACCGUCUCAUCACAAGCUUCAUUAAUCCAUAUGCAGUUACAGUUUUGGCCACCGGAGGGCGCCGAUGAGUCAUGACAGUGCGAUGAGGAAAAGUAAGACGUCUCACUCUGCUGCUGUUUUGAUGGCUGAACUUUAUUUACCGGUUUCUGAGCUGAAAAUGGACAGAAAAGCUGUCAGUUUGUUGCUACCAAACUCCAUCACACUCUGAGUUAGUUUGGCAGCAACAAACUGACAGCUUUUCUCCUCAUACCGCUGUUUCAUCUUCCUCUACUUCCCUUUUGACGGUAAAACUUGUUUCACAUUACCGCUAAACGUGUUUCACUCUGCUUACGGCCACUUACUGGUGGUAAAAGCGGUUUAUUUUGGUUUAUUAAGUGUGAGUGAGAUAAAGUACAUAUUACAAAGUUGACGCAGUAGUUUUACAUCAGUUAAAGAGGCAGUAAUGCUCUUUCUUUUCAACAUAACUUCAGUUGUUCAUGAUUUCCAAACUGUUUGGUUUGUUAAAAACAUCUAAAAUGGAAACAUGAGGCAGAAAUUUAGAUAGAAAAUAAAUACAUUUAUGUUAUUGUUAUAUGUUGUUAUAGUUAUCCCUGUCAUAGAAAUAUUACUUAUAUAACACACAUGGAAUAAUUAAAUGUUUUAUAUAUAGUUGAGUUGAUAUAACUGCCUUGUGUGUGUAGGCCUCAAGUAAAAAAACAAGUAAAAACCUGUUCAACCAAAUCUUCACAUUUAUUGGGGUAUGAGGAGAGGAGCGCUCAUCUGUAGUUUGUUGGUUUGACCAGCAGGUGGAGCUGCUGCAUUAACAAUAAACUGAGACUCAACCAACCAAACAAGUUCCUGUUUUAGUGAACUUUGAAUUUGGACUCAGGAGAGGAAGAUGUUUGUCAGGAAUACUGAACUUAAAAGAUGAUGAAAAACUGUCAGUAAAUGAGGAGAAGAAUCUGUGAUCUGGUGGUUUAGGUUUCAGUGAAAACAGUCAGAGUGAAAGUGAAAGUAUGUGAGCUGAAAAACAGACUCCAUUUUGAGAAACGAAGAGAGAGGAGAGGACGAGGAGACAGGGUGAGUGUUUACUCUGUUUUAGUUUUAAUGUCAAACUCUUUAUCUGUUUUAUCCGUUAAUGAAAAAUGAUUUACUGACUAAAACACUUAAAAACUCUAAAACAAAGAAACCUGAGCAGACAAAGAGCUGGAUCAGUUCUUCGUACAGAAACUGUGUACGUGCAGUUCUUCCUCCUCUUUGUUCAGACUUGUCUUUGUGGUAAAAACUAAAAUCUGAAUCUUUUUAGCCUCUCAUUUCAACUUUAAUCCAGUUCCUUAAGUUUUUCUGAGAGUUCAGGGACCUCACAGCUGAUUUUGUUUGGACCAUGAAUCAGACAAGGAUCAGAGAGAGGCCCUGCAGGGUGGGGAGACAUCAGAAGGUCCUGGAUAUUAAACCCAUAGACAUAUAUAAGAAAGGUUUAUAUACAUAUAUCUAUGAUUAAACCUGUAUAACUCUUAAAGAGGGGGAUGAAGCUGUUUUCAGACUCUGUACUUCCUUUCUGAUUCCUCUUUUAUUUUGAAACUCUCUCUUCCUGUUUGUGUCUCACCUGUUUGUCUACUUUGUCCUCAGGUUGUAGAACUCGGUUUCAUCUUCCAUAAAUUUACACAACAGAAGAUGGAGAAGAUGAGUGUUGUAUGAGGAAGAGGAGGGCAGAGCAGAGUCUGAUAUGUCUGACUGUCUGUCUAUGAAGAGUGACUGGUCUAAAGAUGAACCUCUAUACUUCAGUAAAGAACCAGGACCCUCAGAGGAGGGCAGAGCAGAGUCUGUUAUGUCCGACUGUCUGUCUAUGAAGAGUGACGGUCUAAAGAUCUUCCUGUAUACUUCAGUAAAGAACCAGGACCCUCAGAUUCACAGUAAGAGAAACACUUUUCACCCUCCAAACUCUCAAACAACAACAGCUGAUGUUUCAAAAUCUGAACUUUAAAUCCUGACCCCUCUGUUUUCUCCUCUGCUCUGAAAACGCUGAUUUUCCUCUUGAACCUCCAACCUGGAUAAAGGUCUGGUAAAGACAAAGUCACUGAGCUCAGAUUUACUUAUUAUUCCUGAUGUUGAUAAAAAUGAAGGUGGUAUAAAACAGCAUUAGAAAAGGAUCCUGACCUCUUGUAUUUUCUGAUUUGGUUCCUGUGUUUGGGACGUUUUGAGCCUGUUAGUCUUUGGACUGUGGUGUAUAGACCCCAGAAAACAGUCUGUGGGUCAGAAAAUACCAGAAGACCAAAGAAGAAAUAAAUCCUGAGAAAUAAAAACUCAUUCAGAGCAUCAGUCUGUUAUUAGACCUUUAGAUCUGAUUGUUAAAAAAUGUUUGAAACUGUCAGAGAAAAUCUCUCGACCUUCAAAAAUCACAGUUGAGUUUUUUCUCCUGUCUCCACACUUUGAGGCAGCAGCAGCUGAAUAUUUUACUGUUUUAUGUUAGAGAAAAGAGAAACUCUGGUUUAAUAAAUGUUUCUUAUUCUGAAUCUUCAAACAUGAAAUAAUAAAGAAAAUAAAUGUUCUUUAUUUCUUUAUGUCACUGAAGGAUCCAGAGACUCAGAGAUGUGACUCUGUGAAGAAGCUGUCCAGCUCUGAUGGAAGAAGUCUGAACAUCUGUCCUUUAAACCCUAAAUUACACAAUUUCCACCUGGAAUAUUUUGUUUAUUUUAACCAUAAAAUCAACAGAAAAUGUCCUUUGAGUGUUUUAACACAUUUUUCCAGAACACUUUGAACUUUCAAUAUCUGUCUGUCAUUUACAGUUUACUGUCUGUUAAAAGAGUGUUUUAACAUUUUAAGAUAAAGAAAAACUCAAAAACAAAAUAAGAUUUUUUGAGUUUUAAAAAACAGAAAAUCUUCAUGAACAGAUUUUUCAUUGAACUCAGAAAUUUGAAGAGUAUCAAACAUAUUUACAACAAAAACUUUGGAGUGCUGUCUCUCAAAGAGCAAAAACAGGUUAAAUAAAUACAACUGUGUGUUUAUUAGUGUUGAGAAGUUUGGUUCAUUUUAUUUUUCUUCUCUUUCAGAAGAUGGUGGUCUGCAGGAGGUUUUAGAUGAACAUAAGAUCAGUCUGAAGAGGAGAUGUGAACGUGUGAAUGAAGGAAGUGAUGAAACAGGAAGUAGUCAAACCCUCCUCAACAGGAUCUUCACUGAGCUCUACAUCACAGAGGGACUGAGUGAAGAGGUGAACACCCAACAUGAGGUGAGACAGCUGGAGACAGCUUCAAAGAUGAAGACCCUCCAUGACGAACCCAUCAGGUGUCAUGAGAUCUUUAAAACCUUACCUGACCAACAGGAGAAGGUCAUCAGAGUGGUUCUGACCAACGGCGUGGCUGGUGUUGGAAAAACCUUCUCAGUGCAGAAGUUCACUCUGGACUGGGCAGAGGGUUUGGAGAACCAAGACCUCCAUCUGGUGGUUCUGCUUUCAUUCAGGGAGCUGAACCUGAUCAGAGAUGAGCGCUUCAGUCUUCUGAGUCUGCUCCAUGUUUUCCAUCCAACACUAGAGAAGGUCACAGCAGAGACGCUGGCUGUCUGUAAACUUCUGUUCAUCUUUGACGGUCUGGAUGAAAGCAGACUGUCUCUGGAUUUCACAGACUCUGAGGUGGUGUCUGACGUCACACAGAAGUCUUCACUGAACGUUCUGUUAACAAACCUCAUCAAGGGGAACCUGCUCCCCUCAGCUCUCAUCUGGAUAACUUCUCGACCUGCAGCAGCCAAUCAGAUCCCUCCUUCAUGUGUGGACAGGGUAACAGAAGUACGAGGCUUCACUGACGACCAGAAGGAGGAGUACUUCAGGAAGAGGUUCACAGAUGAAGAUCUGUCCAGAAGAAUCAUCUCACACAUCAAGUCCUCCAGGAGCCUCCACAUCAUGUGUCAGAUCCCGGUCUUCUGCUGGAUCACUGCGACAGUUCUGGAGGACAUGAUGAGCAGAGAGCAGAGAGGAGAGCUGCCCAAGACCCUGACUGACAUGUACUCACACUUCCUGCUGGUCCAGACUAAGAGGAAGAAGCAGAAGUAUGAAGGAGGACAUGAGACAAGUCCUCAGGAGCUGACUGAGGCUGACAGUGAAGUCCUCCUGAAGCUGGGGAGACUGGCCUUUGAACAUCUGGAGAAAGGAGACAUCAUGUUCUACCAAGAAGACCUGGAGCGGUGUGGUCUGGAUGUCUCAGAGGCCUCGGUGUACUCAGGAGUUUGUACAGAGAUCUUCAGAAGAGAGAGUGUGAUCUUCCAGAAAACUGUUUACUGUUUCGUUCAUCUGAGCGUUCAGGAGUUUCUGUCUGCAGUCUACAUGAUCCACAGUUUCACAAAGAAGAGGAACACAGAAGCUCUGGAGACUUUCCUAAGAGGCAACAAAGACGAAGACAAAAUGUUUUCUUUCAAGAUGUUUUUUAAUUCUUUUGAAAACCUGGAUGACUGUUUCUCAUCUCUGGAUGUCUUCCUGAAUAGAGUCAUGAUGAAAUCUCUUCUCAGUAAAAACGGUCACCUGGACCUGUUUGUUCGCUUCCUUCAUGGACUCCCUGUGGAGUCAAACCAGAGACUCUUAGGAGGUCUGCUGGGUCACACAGACAACAGUCCAGAAAUGAUCCAAAGAGUCAUCAAGAACCUGAAGAAGAUGAACAGUGAAGAUAUCUCUCCUGACAGAAGCAUCAACAUCUUCCACUGUCUGAUGGAGAUGAACGAUCUGUCAGUUCAUCAGGAGAUCCAAGAGUUCCUGAAGUCAGAGAACAGAUCAGAGAAGGAACUCUCAGAGAUCCACUGCUCUGCUCUGGCCUACAUGCUGCAGAUGUCAGAGGAGGUUCUGGAGGAGUUGGACUUACAUAAGUAUAACACAUCAGAGCAGGGACGACUGAGACUGAUCCCAGCUGUGAGGAACUGCAGAACGGCUCAGUAAGUCCAGGUUUUAUUCUCAGAAUAGUGUAAAUGAUCCCUGUAGUUCUUCUAAUGUCCACAUUCCUGAUGAUGUUCUUCUUCAAAUAGAAAUCCACUCAAAUAUCAGGGAGGGGGUUUCUUUAUCAAAAACCUGAUCCUGGUGUCUAAAGUCCUGUUAGCCCAGGAUGAGGUCUACCUGUGGACCCCUGAGAACUUGUCCUGAUUGUGGAGGACCUCUUUGUUUUGAAUCGUGUCUGUAAUGAAUAAAGUGGAACUUUGAGGACAAAUCAGCGACCAUAUCUGAGGACACACAGAGGUCUUCUGAUGAUGGUAUCAGUCCAGAUCAACAUCUCAGUCAGUUGUGGUGAACUUGAGUUUGAAGAAGGUGUCUGCAGCUUCUUCCUGCUGGUUUUCAGGUUGGAAAUGAUGAAUCUGUUGUAAAUGAGGGUGUUGACAGCAUUGAUGGUGAAAAUAGAACUGGAUCAUUUUCUACACAGUGGCAGAACUGUCUCUGUACCAUCAUGUUCAUCAUUCAAUAUUCAUCAUCAAUACAACCAUGAAAACUAACAUCAUUUUCCACCACUCACUGGAGAUGAUCUGCUGGACUAGAACAUAUGAAUGAUGAGAACACAGGAGGUAUUUGGACAGCAGCUCCAUGAGUCUGAAAACAGUGGUGGAGAUAGGAUGUUAAUGUCUCUCUCUCUCUCUCUCUCUCUCUCUCUCUCUCUCUCUCUCUCUCUCUCUCUCUCUUCCCAAAGACAGAGGUUCAGUGGGUCUUUGUUUCUGUCUCUUAAAGGUCUCUCUGGAUCCAUCAGGCUUUAUAAACGUGUUUCUGCUGCUGAAGCGAAUGUUACAUGAAGAAAAAACUUUGAUUGUGAAAACAAAGAAAUCUUCAACUCUUCAAAUGUUCAGAGUCAAACCAGCUCUAACCUGCUAAAAAACGAUUUUAUCUGAACCAAUCAGAGAAGACGGAGCUGCUGUGAUUUAGUGAGUCGUCCUCUGAUUGGUCAACAGUCAGUGUCUAUGGAAAGACUUACAUUACAGCAGGAUGUCAACAUUAAACACUGAGAGGAGCACUGAUCCUCCAAGAGGUACUUUGGAUACUAACCAAUCACAUACCAGGACCAAAAACCUGGUUCUCAGUCCCCUUCUCCAACCAGAACUCAAGAAUUCACUCAGUCAUAAUGAUCCAGCUGCACUAACAUGAAGACAACACUGUUAGAGAACAGAAGGACUAAAAUAAGUCAUGGACUCAUUCGUCUUGAACAUCUGAACAGUUUUUUUUUCUUCUAAACUUUGACUUCCUGUCUUCUCUCAUGGCUGUGGUCCUGAUAUUAGUAUCUGUCUGGUUAAAAACAGGCCGUCUGUCAAACCAAAGAUCAUGUUUGUUUUUGGGGAAGAGAAACAUCAAAUUACCCUUUAAUGAAAUAUUGUUGAUAUUUAUGUUGUUACAGAUUUAUUAAAUGUGGACUCUCAGAGACUCACUGUGAAGUUGUGGCCUCAGCUCUGAAGUCCAACCCCUCCCAUCUGAGACAUCUGGACCUGAGUGGAAACAAACUGCAGGAUUCAGGAGUGAAGCUUCUCUCUGCAGGACUGGAGAGUCCAAACUGCAGACUGGAGACUCUGAAGUGAGACACCAUUUCCUUCUGAUCUAACAAUAAGAUGUGACAGCUGCUGCCUUAGAUUUUUCUCUGUGGUUUUUCCAUCAACUUUGGUCGAGCAGUUUGAAUUUGUCGUUGUAAAACUUCGACACAGGAAGAAAAAUCCGACAUUUCAGAGUUGACUUUGAGGAGAACGAUGGAUGUAGAAAGGAAGCAGGAGAAAAUCAGUCCCACAAAUAUUACACAUGCUUGUAGAGGGCAGGAGCAGCACAGACUAAAGGCUGAUAUUGAACUGAUCCACAGUUAAUGUGAUCACUAAUGAAUGAAUGAAGUGUCAGAGAAAUGAGGAGCUGCAGAUUGAAACCUGAAGAACAAAGUUAAUCCAACUCUGGAGAUUUCAUUUGGAAACUCUUGAAAACUUGAAUUUCUUCUUUGCUCAGUCGUGUUCAAAUGUAAAAACCAGAUCCAGAUUUUUCUGCAGUUUUCACUUCAGUUUGUUGAACAUGAACAUCAUCUUGUCCAGUUGGUCCAUAAAAACCUCUCUGAUCAAUGAUCUGUUGGUUUAUUUAAGAGUAGUUUGUCAGUUGUUGACAGCAGACGGACAGACCCCUGAAUAAACUCCUGACUGUUUUAAUCUUCAUGAAGAAUUCAGGACGACAAAAAAAUCUUUGAGAUUUCUCACAGGAGUUUCUCAGGAUCUCACUAAAGUUUUCUGAAAAAUUCCUCAAUAUCUUCAAAAAGUUUAGAGAGGAUUUUACAAAGUUCCUCAAGAUCAACUCUGAAAAAGUUCUUCUAUGACCUUCAGGAGCUCAAGAACAUUGAAUCAUUAAGAGCAGGAACAGUUUCUUCAGAGGUUACAUGAUUUUUUCUUUUUUCAGACUGUGGGACUGCAGUUUGUCAGAGAUCAGCUGUUCUUCUCUGGUCUCAGCUCUGAAGUCCAACCCCUCCCAUCUGAGACAUCUGGACCUGGGUAAAAACAAUCUGCAGGAUUCAGGAGUGAAGCUUCUGUGUGACUUUCUGCAGAGUCCAAACUGUAAACUGGAGACUCUGGAGUAAGUUUAGUCUUUGUCUGUUUCUGUUGUAGAUUUUUAUGUUUAUUCAGUUUUUUUAAUUCAAAUGUUCAUAGAAUUCUUUAAUAUUUCCAGAACUUUCUUCUUUCUCACAUAAAUUCAUAGUUUUUUUUUAUUGAAUCAUCAGUCAGAUACAGAUGGAGGAAAACUGUGAGUUAUUUUGUUGAUUGAAUGUUGAUGAUUUUUUAUAAAUGGUUCAGAUGAUCACUGCAGUCAUGUUGACGGGUUUACUUCCUCGGUCUCUAAAUCAUUCAAAUGUUCAAGGAUGCAGUGAACUCACUAUCCAUGCAGCUCAGGAACACAGCUCAUCUUUUUCAUACAGGAAACUUUGUCAACAACAAAGGUGUGUUAAAGUCCCAUCAGUCAGCAGCUUCAGUCAGAAACCUCGCUGUCAGAGCUCCGUCAUUUCAACCCUCUGUAUAACUCCUCAGCACAGACCAGACCCUGUGAGCACAUCCUCACAACAUGCUGCUUUAGUCACAACAACAACAACAAUCAGCUGUUAGCAGAGAUUUCAUCCAAACAGUCCAGGAUACAAACUUUGAAGUGGUUGGAAAAUUCAGGUGUCCACCGCUCAUGCAGAGUUGACUCAUGUUGAUGAUGUUUUCAUGUCUAGAGGACAUGCUGGAGUGAAUUCAACCAAACCUCCUGAGACAAAGACAGCGGUGGCAGACAUUAGAUCAGGCUUCAUGACGUCUGUGCGUCCCUUUAUUCAACCAGAUCAGCAGUCCCAGAGUUUUCCCUCAUCUCUUUAGAUUUGAUGGUUUUUGUGAUUUUGAUGUUUCCACACAAACUUUAAAUAGUUGAAACUGAAUUUAGUUUGUCAUGAUAAUGUGACAGCUGUUUUUUUAAAUAAACUUUUAGAUUUGGAGUUUUAGUCUUUUAAUUUCAGAGACAUUUUGAACAUAUUCAUGAGUUAAUAUUCAUGAAUUACAACCAUAUCAUACUGAUAUCAGACAGGAGUGUGACAGGUGUUUAUUCGUCUUUUUGACACGUUACAAUAAUGAGGAUAAAGUCAUGGACUAAACUUGUCCUCCCAGUUUCCUUGUUGUUGUUUCUUCAGCUAGCAUCAUUGUUUUCAUCUCAGUUAUUAAAGUAAUAAUGAUGCUUCAUAAAUUCAGAGUCACAAAAAAACACCAAACAAACCAAAUCUGAAAAAAAUCCACUUUUUCAUCAAAUGAGUUUAAUCGGUCAGAACAUGAGGUUUGAGUUUUCAUGAGGAGGAAACGAGAAAGAUCUGCUCUGACAGAAACACAGACGUCUGAAUUUACACUGACAGAGAGAGACACAGACAGAGACAGACAGAGAGACAAACACAGACAGAGAGAGACACAGACAGAGAAACAGACAGAGAGACAGAGACACAGAGACACAAACACAGACAGACAGACACUCAAACACAGACAGAGAAACACAGACACUCAAACACAGACACACAAACACAGACAGACAAACACAGACAGAGAGAGACACAGACAGACACAGACACACAAACACAGACAGAGAAACACAGACACACAAACACAGACAGACAAACACAGACAGAGAGACACAGACAGACACAGACACACAAACACAGACAGAGAGACACAGACACACCAAUACAGACUAACAGACAGAGACACAGACACACAAACACAGACACAGACACACAGAGAUGUUCCUCUUCGUCUCUUUGCUGUGAUGACUGAAGUCACAAAAACAAAGUUUUCUUCGUCACUUUUAUGAUUGAACCAAAGAAGUUAAAGAACCAAACUCUCAGAUUUUCUUCUUCUCAAUAUUAUUUGAACCAUUUAGAUUUUUCUCCUGAUCAAUAUUAAUGAUCAGAUUGAUCAGGUUCCUGUUUUGGCUCCACUGCCUCUUUUCUGCAGCUCAGUAACUGCUCAUAUGGUUUGAAAGGUUCCUGCAGUAAAAACCCGAUUAGAGAGUGGACUAAAUGAAAUGUGAGUGAACUCAGCCAUCAGUGAAUCAAUGACAAAGUGAGAGGAAGAGUGGAUCUGUCUGCUGUCUGACCUUGUUGAUCCUGAUGAAGGUGAGGGAGAAGAGUAAAGCAGUAAAGGUGAUGUUGUUGCAGACAGAGUCAGCUGACCUGUCUCAUCAGAGUCUCAUCCAUUCUCUGUUUGGCAGAGCGCUGAUGUUACAGUCUGAGAGCACAUUCAGGUUCAGCUUCACAUGGGCUGGAUCUGCUCAAUACAAACUCUUGAGACCAGCCUGGUUGAGGGAGGUGGGCUCAGUGUCCUGGGUGACUCUCUCUGAGCUCUUCUUGGUUGAGAGUAUUUCUGGUUUGUCUCUGACUUCCAUGAACUCAGAUCUGGAGGAUUGCUGGCUGGUCCGGUCCAGUUCUGACAGUAGAGACAACACAGUCUGUUAUUCUGGGUUGAGUGUUCUUGUUGAAGAUCAGUGUACAGUGAGGGAUGAAGGCAGACAAAGAUCCUCCUGUUUCCUCCAUGUCACAGUUCAAGUUCAUUUUGAAGACUUUGAUUGAUCCGAGCGCUGAAGAGGAACAGGAAACGAGGAGUAGAGAGUGAGGGAGGACUUACAGCAAAGGAUCAUGGGAGUCCAACCAGAAACUGCUGCAACAAGGACUCCACCUUCUGAUCACCUGAACCUCUAAUCCAAACCAGUUCUCCAUCACAUCUGAUGUCUUGUCUGUUAUUUUACAUGGAGGGUCAGAGCAGACCAGAUCAUGAGCUCUGACAGACUGGAUCUGGUCCAAAGGUCUCCUGUUGGAGUUCUCUAAGCUCCAUAUUUUAAACCUGAACACCUGAAGUUUGAUUAUUAAUUAUUUUUAUCUUCAUUCUCUUUACUUUUUUCAGACUGAGGUACUGCAGUUUGUCAGAGAUCAGCUGUUCUUCUCUGGUCUCAGCUCUGAAGUCCAACCCCUCCCAUCUGAGACAUCUGAACCUGGGUGAAAACAAGCUGCAGGAUUCAGGAGUGAAGCUGCUGUGUGACUUUCUGCAGAGUCCAAACUGUAAACUGGAGACUCUGUGGUCAGACUUUUCUCCUCCAUUCAAACAUGAUCAUGAUUUGUUUGUGAUGAUGACACUAAACUGCUGACUCAGGACUGAAAUACUGACCCAGACUGAACACCUUCAGUCCAGAGUAGAUUUUCUGCAUCAGUGGAUUAUUUGAUUGACUCCAGUUCGAUCACUGCUGAGCUCCAGUGAAUUAAAACCUGAACCCAAGAAGAAAACUCUUUGUAGAGUUCACAGUGAGAAGAACAUUCAGACAGAAAACAGAAGCAGGGGGAGAUUUGUCAGACGAGAACCAUUCAAACUUUUGUUCAGGACAAGAUCAGGGAACAGAAAAAACUCAGAGUUUAGUUUCUGACUCUGAUGAAAGUCCAGCUCUGUUACUUUGAAUUUUGUUUUUGAAUCUUUGUGUGAAAAUCUGAAUUUUCUGGUUUAUCUUCACUUUUCUGAAGCCUUGCUGUGUUUAGACUGAAAUAUUUACCUCUCAAAGACGUGAUAUUUUUGGUUCAGCAAAGUGAAAAUAUUCUGAACAUCCUUUAUUUCCCAUCCGUCCUGAAGUCGCUGACAUUUUCUGAAAAUAUUGAUCUGCAUCUACAAUCAGUAAAAAAGUCUCUGAGUUUUUUAUUUCACUAUUUAAUGUGUUUUUGAAUUCACUGUUUCAAACUGACUUCCUGUUUGGUUCAGCUCUUUGGAGCGUCACUUUUCUGUGAUUCAGACUUUCCAAACCUUUCCCCUGAACUCGACAGAUUUAAGACAUCAGGUUUCAAACUGGAUCAUUUUUCUCUAAAAUCUCAUUAUUUUCUCUUUAUUUAGGUUGUAUAAAUGCAGUUUGACAAAGAUCAGCUGUUCUUCUCUGGCCUCAGCUCUGAAGUCCAACCCCUCCCAUCUGAAAGAUCUGUGGCUGAAUGGAAACAAUCUGCAGGAUUCAGACGUGAAGCUGCUGUGUGAUCUUCAGAAGAGUCCAGACUACAGACUGGAGACUCUGGGGUCAGUAUAGAGUUGGAGUUAGUCUGUGCUGAUCUCUCCUGUUCCUCUCCACACAGUAUCACAGCAGAUAUUCAGUAUUUCCUGCUGACUCUUCGACCCUCUCAGAGGAUUCUUUCUUUAGUGAAGCUGUGAGAACAGAAAUCAUCAAACCAGGAGUGUAAGAGUGUCAGUGAUGAAAAAAGUGUCUCCUCGUCUCUAUAUUUCAGAUCAAAUGUAGAAAUGAGACAUAAUGAAACAGAAAUGUUCAGUUUCUGCUCUGAAGUCCAGUUUAUAGUUCUCUGUAUUCAACACAGACUUUAUUUCUCUGCUAACUUGUUGAUUUUGAGCUCUAAGUCUGAAAACAGACAGCUGUUCUUUAUACUUGUUAUUUUCACAGCAGGUUUGUUCGAUCAGCUUUAACACAUUUGACAGGAAUGAUUUCUUUAUUUUGAUGAUGUUGGUUUAUUUGUGAGGAAACCUGCUGCUUUACACCAUCACUUCUGGUCUGAGCAGGACUGAGACCUGCUGGUCUGUAAACUGGAUGUUCUUCAGUCCAGCUGAUGAAGUGAGUCUCAGAGUGGAAACACUGAUCGUCUGUUUUUCUCUCCUCAGAUGGAAGAAAACCCUGCAGUUGUGAUUAGAAAGAGGAUCAUGUGUUUCCUGACGAUCAGAGAGGUGGAGGCAGCAGCAGUGAGGGUGAGGUGAGUCUCUGACUGAGAGACUGACUGACCAAUCACAGCGGGCGGAGAGGACUCUGGGAGCUGCACUUUGACCUGCUCUGAGAUCAGCUCAGGACCUGGACUCUGGAUAUUUGAUCUUUUCCCUCAUAUUCUGGGAUCAAACAGUCUGAACAGGUUUGUUUUGUUGAUGGAAACAUGAUCAUAAAUUUACACUUUGAUUGGAUUACUUUGUUUUUACCAUGAUGCAGCGCCACCCAGUGGAAAUAUAAAGAGGUGGAGUUGAUUUAUUCCCCCAUAUUUCUGCAGCAGGAGUUGAUACCAUGUGUGAGAGUAGAUCAGUCAGAAGUUCAGAUUAAACCCAAAGGUUUUUUCUUUCCUUUGCACCGUUAGAGACCGAAUAUAAACUGAAGGGAGAGGAAGAGAAGUGAGGAGAGAUGGAGGUGAAGGGAGGAGGAGGAGGAGGACAGGGUUUGGGGUUUUAACAAAAAUCUGAAGCUUUAUUCUUUCACUUGAUUAUUUUUAUUCAUCCGUUUUCUUCUUCAGUUUCUGAAAUGAUUGUAAAUAUUGAUUGGACGUAAAUUGACCUUAUUUUAUAUUAUUAGACAUUAUUUUCUUUUUCUUUUCAUGUUUUUGUUUUCAGAUCAUCUUUGUGCUAAUCAAUAAUCGAUUCCCUUCAGUUUGGAUGAACAAACACAAUUAUUAAACCAUAAAUGAGACCUGAGAGUAAAAUGUGUGAAAUAUAAUCAGUCAAAGGAAAGAUUCUUGAACAAAAACAAAAACAUUAUUUUUACUUGAUUAUGAUGGAGAAGUUUUCCUCUGACAGACAAAAAUAACCGUAUUGACCGGAGUCUGGAAAAAGUGAGAUCAGCAUCUAUUCAGGGUGAAGUCAUUAACGUGGUCGAUGCUGUUUUAUAAACUCAGUGUUGUUGAUUACAAUCUCAGCUUCAUUAAUUGAUGCUACAGUGGAGUGACUUCCUGUAAAAUCCACUGGCUUUGUGAGACCGUCAGCUUUCAGGAGAUCAGUUUGUGUUUCUGUGACACUCCAAAGCUUUUCUAUCCCACAGAGAAGAUCGGUGUGUUUUCAGAGACCUUCCUGAUCCCAUCCCUCCAAAAUGAAAAUCAUCUGAUGGUUUAUGGAUUAAUCUCAGUAACAAAGUGUCAUUUCUGUUGUUAGCCAAUCAGAGGCUGUAUCUGCCGUCAGCUGACCUGUAAAGAUCCAAUCAGAAGUCAGGACAGCUCAUGUCACAGUCUGAUCACAGCAGAGAAACAUUAAACAUAGAACUAUUGUGAACAGAUCUGUCCUCUUCAGUUUAUCUAGUAUCAAUAGAUCUAUGCUCUGUCUGUGUAACUCUAUGUUGGUUCUUCAUUUACACCAGAUCAUUUUUGAUUUCAUUUCACUGUAACAAUGUCAUUUAAAGACAAUAAAAACUUUAUUUAAACCAAAACAUGUUAAAAACAUCAACUCAGCUUGUUUCAGUCACUGUGUCCAGUUGAUUAUUAUUAUUUUUCAUCCAAACAAAAACUAGAUUUGGUCUUUAAAAAGUCCCCAAAGUGAGUCUGAAAAGUGGAGGAAGGUUUUCUCAUCAGGGUGCUCCUAUAUUCAGGUCAAUACGGUAGUGGAUCAUAGAGACUCAAAGCCUUGAUUCAGCUGAGGCUGGAGGACGCUGCGUGAAGGAAAGUCGGUGUGUUUAGUUGGUCUUAGUUUUUAUUAAACAGGAACUUUGAUUUGAUCGUCUUUUCUUGGAAAUCAAACUUCCUGUUGGACUCAAAGAUAAAGUCUGUGAUCCCCGUCAGGUUUGAAGACUUUAGUCUCACAGCAGAGUGAUUGUGGCUCUGAGGUGUUUGGACAUGUUGAAAUUGAAGCUUUUCUUUGAGAAAAACAAACUUAAUCAUGCAGCACAGUUGAUUCAUGUGUUUUUAUUGCUGAUAUUCUCUCUAAGGUUAUUGUUCAUUCAAAGUAUGUGGAGGACAAAUCCACACAUCUAACAAAAAAAGGUCAAAUAUGAAGAUAGGAGAUUUCUGCAGGACAUCAACGAUAUUCUAGAUUUAGUUUUCUAAACAACAGGUGGUCGUCUCUUAUACUUUGAUCCAGAAAUCUGAAAAGGGGUUACUAAAGCAAAAGGAGAAAAACACACAUGUAUACUGUAUAUAUAGAUAGAUAUCUCACAGAACAGAUAUACAGAAAGGCAACAAGAGAAAGAUAUUUAUAUUGAAAAUGAAUACAGAUAUGUUGAUGUUAUAUGUUUUUAUAGUUAUAAUUUUAACAGAAAUAUUACUCAUAUAACAUUCACUGACUGAUUAAAUGUUUUAUAUAUAAAUGAUUUAAUAUUCAACCUUGUGUGUGUAGGCCUAUAGCUAUUGCUCUACCUAUCUAAUUAUUGUUUAUUUAUGAAAAUCUGAGGUUAAAAUUAUUCUUGAGUAUUCAGGAACAAAACUAAAACUCUGAGGUUUGAAACAAACCAAACUGUCUAAAAAUCAGUUUAAAAUUAAACAAUCUAUGGUCAACUGUAGACUGGAAUGAGUCAUCUAGUGUUUAGACAGUCUAUGAUAGAUGCCGCCCUCUGCCAAAACCAACGAAGAAGAAGAAGAAGACCUCAGUAAUAUGGACGCCGUUGAAGGCUUCAAUCCACGAACAUCUUUGCUCUUUGUUUGUAUGGUUCGUAUGUGUGAAUAAAUGUUCAGUGUGGAAAUCCCUCCACUUCACCUCCCGCCUCGAAACUUGAUUUCAUGCCGGAGCUAGGCUAAUAGCAUCCGCGGCUAAGCGUCCCUCCAACUCCACGUUACAAAUCCCUGGAGGAGAGGAGCGGAGGUGGGCUGCAAGGCUGGAGAAAUGCUGAGGUGUCCUUUCAUUCUUUUACACUGAUCUGAGUGUCACAACAUAUAAAUUAACUGUGUGAGUGUGAUGGAGUUUGGCAGCAACAAACUGACAGCUUUUCUUGUCCAUUUUCAGCUCAGAAACCGGAACAUAAAGUUCAGCUGCUGUUCAGCCAUCAAAACAGCAGCAGAGUGAGACGUCUUACUUUUCCUCAUAGCACUGUCAUGACUCCUCGGCGCCCUCCGGUGGCCAAAACUGUAACUGCAUAUGGAUUAAUGAAGAUUGUGAUGAGACGCUAAGGAGCAGGAGUCAGAGUGACAUUUCUGCAGCUGUUUGAGGACGAACCGUGAAGAGAGGCUGAUUAUGGCGACGGAACAACAAAAGAUGGACAAUCGAGAAACAAACUAAACUCUGUCUGAACAAACACAGAAUCUCUUUGAUAGUUUUAGAUGGAGAAGAAGAAGAAGAAGAAGAAGAAGAAGAAGAAGAAGAAGAAGAAGAUGGGUUUGAGGCAGUCCACUAGAUGGCGCCAACGUGAAACUCUGUUUAGAUCAGCAGACUUUAAUAGUGAACGAUUUUCAUCUAUUUUUGUUUUUAAUACCGGUUUCUGAGCUGAAAAUGGACAGAAAAGCUGUCAGUUUGUUGUUGUUGCCAAACUCCAUCACACUCUGAGUUCAUUUAUUUCUUAAAAUAAACCCAAAUAAAAAAAAGUUAAACCUGUGUGUUUUUAUGUUUGUCCAUGGACCCUUUUAGUGAAUUUAAUGUAUUUUAAUGUUCUUCUUGUUGGUUUGUUUUCCUUUAUAUCUGAGUUGUCCUCUUUUCUUCUCUCCUUUCUCUAACAGUCAGAGUAGAACAGAGGCUAACAGAGGAUUGAAGUCAUUUUCAUUAACCAGACUAGGACACUAACAUUAACUUAAACCACCUUAAAAACAAGUGAAUCCUCCUUAAAUAUCUGUAGGUGACAGAUUUAAUGGAGGAUGGACAAAAAGACGGUGAAUCUAAAACCAGAGAGUGGAAAUAUGUUGGAGACAUGCUGGAUCUUAGUCCAGAAGGAGGAUUUCAGAGUCUCUGUGGUUCAUAGGGGGAAAAGACUGACUUAGACUCCUGAGGUUGAAGGUUCAAAUCCUUAUUUAGGUCCUGUUAAAUAUUCAAGUCCAGUGUCUAGAAAGGAGAUACUACUCUACGAAGCCAUGAUCGGAUUAACUUCAUUAGAACUAAUCCUGAUUAUUCAUCAAUAAAGUGUCUUUUUAUUAUCAGUUCAUCACUUUAAACUUAAUGUUCGAGAGCUGGUAGCAAACCUUCCCCCCGCACCAUAUACCAUCCACACAUGCACGAGCUCUGCGCUCUUUUACCUUCGAACUUUGACUUCAGAAUUCAUCGAUAGAUGGAUGCUGAUCAUUCUUGUCUCUCUGUCCCACUGGGUCAGAGGAUAGUUUAACGGACUGGGACUCGGGAGGAUGGGGUUCGAGCCCCGGGGGAGACCGCGAAUUUUAAAGUCUAGGAGCGAAGAUAUGAAGAUAUAAGUGAACUACCUCUUAACUACGAUCCGUUUCUGAUUGUAACACCACAGAUCAUUUGUGGAUCAGAACUCUGGGAUAGUCAUAACUCAGGCUCUGAAAAGAACUAAGUCGCCUUCGGGACUCGAACUCGAGACCUCUGCAGUGUUACUCUUCUUCUCUACCCCUGAACUAUCGAGACACUGUAUGCUCUGUGGAGGAAGUUCUAUAAACCUGUUUGACUCUGAUUUAUAGCUACUGGACUUAAAAAAUUCUACGUGUCUCCUCAGGAUCAGGAACAAAUAACAUUUGAAAACAAAGUGACAUUAUCACAGAAUAAUCACAGCACUCAGGGCUGAGCUUCUGUUUUUUUAAUAGGAUAAUGUAAAGCUGGGAAAUAAUCACUUUACCACCUCUUCAGAGUUUACAACUGGAGUGCCCACAGUUACGACCUCCGCCCACAGGGGGGCGGAGCUUCGCCGUCAACGCUGCUGACUCUGCACUGAAGGAAAUCCCCUCAACCCGGAAGCGUUCCUCCACGACGUCCAAGAACCGGUCGGAGCAGAAAACUUGAAAGAAAAGAAGAGAAGAAAUCAUAAAGACGAAGUUUCGAGCUGCUCCUUCUGCUCUGAACGACAAAACGAAGGAAUAGUGAGAGAAAACGGGGACAUAUAAUAACAAUAAUAAUGAUUCAUUAAAGAGACAGAGUUAGAGCAGCUCUGCUUUAGUUUGAUUUUAUUAACCCACUGACUGUAACUGAAGAAUUAUGGUCACUUUUAAAGUGAAAUUAAAAAAUAAAACAGUUAGAAUCUGUCUGUAUCAGAGGGGGAGAGAUCUCAGAUGGGAGGAAAGCGUGCUUCAGUUUUCUUCAAGACUCUAAACUGCAGGGUAGAAUUUAAAGGUGGAGAUAUGACGGUACACUCUCAUGGACACUAGGGGGCGGUAAACGCCUGAACGGUGCUUACAAUCCGCCAUUAAAAGGAAACAAGAAGAAGAAGAAUCGUUCUUCCUCUUCUUCUUUAUUUCCGGCAGAGUAGACUCCGCAGGACCUUUUUCUGCCCUCUACCGGAGUCUUGUUAAAUCAGAUGUUCUUUAUUUUUUAUCUCUAUUUAUUUCUUCGGAUGUUGUUCUUUAUUUUUUAUCUUUAAUUGUUUCUUCAGAUGUUUCUCUUUAGUCCAGUUUCUCGCAGUUCUCCGUCAUUUGUUGUUGUUAAAAUAAAAAUAAAACCUCCUAACUUCCGAACUUUGAACACGUCUGCGGCUUCUUUCUGUGCGAUCACCUCUGAUUCUACAAACAUGUUGAACUAUAUUGAUACAGCCCUGUCCUGGUUUCCUGUUGUCAGUAGAUAUUGACUAAUUAUUGAUCGAACCUCAGCAAUCCUCCUUCAGCCGAGCUGCUCCGGUCCAAACCGGGGGUCCUGUCAGUCAAUUAACUCACGCGGACACUCUAUAAAAGGGGGAGGAGGAGAAGCCUACCCUUCCUCCUGCUCUGGCCUGUCCAUCCACUUCCGGGUCGCCUCUCCUCACGCCAGCACCUGUGCAGGUGAGUCAGCGGUGUCUGCUGAACCCGCUCACAGGUCACUUCUCACGCGGAUUUCUUUGUUUCCGUUUGUUUUCAGACUCGGUGUUAACGGCCCCGUGGAUCUGGAGUCAUCCGAACAGUUAACACGUGCUCGGUUCCUUCUGUCCCUCUAGGGUUUCUCAAGCGGUUCUGAUCGGUGCUCCUGAUCGGUGGUUCUGAUCGGUAUGUAUGCCGUCUGACAGUAUAACAAGUCUGUACCUCCAUCUUCUGAAACUAACCAGAGUUAAUUUUCUGUCUCAGGGUCGUGUCUUCGCCUCUUCCUGGGCUGCUUGGCGGUUUUCCCGCCCCUGGUCGUCUGUUUGCUAACUCUGCUGCAGAUUUUAGAGGGUGGUUGAGGUCAUUAUGGGGUUAACUUUAGUUCUGUAGUUUGUUUUUCUGUGUGGGGUUUAUCUCUUUGUCUGGAGUUUGUGGGGAACAUCUUUAGUUUAUUUCUAUUAAUGGACUUUACGCACAGCUCCUCUACCUCCUGAACUUGAAGCAGCUCUUUUAUUUUCUGUCUUAAUUAUUGGACAAACUGAUUGAUCCAGGUGUGUCUGAUCAUUGAUUCCUCAGACACACCUGGAUUAAUCAGUUUGUCCAAUAAUCAAGACAGAAAAUGAAAAAGCUGCUUCAAGUUCAGGAGGUAGAGGAGCUGUGCAUAAAGUCCAUUAUGGAUUCUGGGUCGUUUUUAUUAUUUAAUUGUAAUUUAACAUUAUUUUAGGUUUGUUAUUUCUCUUGACUGAGUCCACUAAUUUUUUUUUUUUCAGUUGCUGGAAGCUGACGGUUCCUGGUGUUGGUGUCCCUGGUCUUCAGUUGUUUCACUGAUUUCUGAAUUGGUUGUUUAAAUAAAGAUUUCUUUCUCUGUAAAAUUGAACCUUGUCUUUUUCUUCUUUUUAAAGGUUAAAACAAACUGAAGUGCUUUAAAAGAUGACGUUUGCUUUGAAAGCGUAAAACACACACAAAAUAAAACCUCUUCCUUUUAUUAAGUAGAAACACAGCAAGAGGGUCACAUUUAUAAAGCUGAUUAAAAUAAAGACACAGUGUAUUAAGGGUUUUCUGGUUUUUAUUAGAACCUUGUGGACCCCCCCACCCCUUCAGGGUUCCUGGUGGUUCUGUCGAUGUUUUCAGCAGGUGUAGUGUUCAUUUAUGUAACGCUAAAGCUGCUGUUGUGUUUUUCUACAGAUCUGCUGAAUAAAAACACAAAAGCAGCCGUAGCUUUACAUAAAUGAACACCAACACUGCUGAAAACAUCGACAGAGCCAUCAGGGACCCUGAAGGAGCUGAGCCAACACCAGGACUCGUCCUCUGCAGGUCUCCACCGAGUCUCCAGUCCUCCUGCAGACACCUGAGGAUCAAACAAGGAAAAGAAGACAUGAGGAUCUGGAGUUCAGGACCCAGUUACAUUAAGUAAAAGGCAUAAUCCAGAAAAGGCGCCGCCUGGUGGUCAGUUUGGAUAUAACUUGAUUAAAGUUUUCAAAAGUACCAGGCCUGAUGUUUUUAUUGGUUCUUCUGAGCAAAGACACUCUUAAACAGUUACAAAUAAUACUGACAUUACAUCAAAGAUGGUUAAAAAUAUCAGUAAUACUCUCUUUUGUUUAAAGUUUUAAAAUCAAAUAACGGAGAGUGAAAUACAUUUAGAGGAUUUCAGAGCAGGAUCAAUUAUCGGAUCAAAGUAUCAAUAAAACUACAGGUUCUAAUGGCGCCAGGUGAUCCGGAUUAAACAGCCAAUCAGCACUUGAGCUAACAAACAAAACCUUGAGAUUAAAUACCCGCCAAUUUAAAAGCCUUUAAAAUGUCGACGGGGUCAUUAAGUAGUCAUUUUAAAAUGUUUUUAAAGCCUUUAAAAUGUCGACGGGGUCAUUAAAUAGUCAUUUUAAAUGUUUUUAAAGCCUUAUAAAUGUUGACGGGGUCAUUAAAUAGUCAUUUUAAAUGUUUUUAAGCCUUUUAAAUGUCGACGGGGUCAUUAAAUAGUCAUUUUAAAAUGUUUUUUAGCCUUUUUACCGUCUCAGACUUCCACUGUCACCGGGACAGAGGCUGCAACAAUCAGACACAAACUACUUUAUCGAGAAAUUUACGGACAAAACGAGAGUUUUAGUGGCUAAAAUCAACUCCGGCUGAAGGAUUAACAGCCCUCCAGAGUUCCUCCGACGCUAAAAAACAACAGUUACUCACUAAAUUCGGAAUGACAGCAGGAGAUACUGUCCGAUGGAGACGCCGCGAUGAAGUGAGGAUUCUCUCACGUGACUUCCGGGAAUUUAUAAACUUCUUCUUCUUUGGUUUUGGAAGACUAGAUGCAUCCGUGGCGUAUUGCUGCCCUCUGCUGUUUCCAUGCGAUACCUGUCAGAUAUUAAACAGAUCCUGUUCUAUUUUCCAGUGCACUGUUUUUAUUUUAUUUCGAAUUUUGGUAAGAAAAAAAAAUGUCAUAGUAUAGUAUGUUACAAAAUGUCAUUAUAAAGCAUGAUAAAAUAUUUCAAAUUUUGGUAUGAAAAUGUCAUAGUAUAGUAUUUAAAAAAUAUCACAGUAUAGUUUGAUAAAAAUGUCAAAGUAUGAUUAAAAUGUCAUCAAUUAGCAUGAUACAAUAAUUAAAAAUUUGAAGAAAAAAGGUUAUAGUUUAGUGUGUUAAGAUUUUUGAAAUUUCUGUAUGAAAAGAAAUGUCAUAGUUUAGUUUAGAAACAGGUCAGAAUAAAAUAUGUUAAAAAAUGUCAUACUAUAAUAUUUUAAAAAUAUCAUACUAUAGUAUGAUUACAUAUUUCAAUUUUUGUUUGAAAAAAGUGUCCUAGUAUUAUAGGUUUAAAAUGUCAUAGUAUAUAAUAAAAGAUGUCAUAGUAUAGAUUCAUUUAAAUGUUGUAGUACAGUAUGUUAAAAAUGUUAGAAUAUAGUAUGCUAAAAAAAAUCAUAGUAUAGUGUGAUAAAAAGUUCUAAUCUUUAUAUGAAAAAAAUGUCAUAGUAUAGUGCUUAAAAAAUGUCAUUGCAAAGUAGAAUAAAAAAUGUCAAUUCUUUGUGUGAAAAAAAAAUCCUAGUAUAGUAUGAUUAAAAUGUCAUCGUAUAGUAUGUUAAAAAUGUUAUAGUAUAGUAUGAUAAAAUUGUUAUAGUCUAGUAUGAUUACAAUGUUAUUGUAUAGUUUGUGAAAAAUGUCAUAGUAUAGUAUGUCGAAAAUGUCAUGGUAUAAUGUUUUAAAAAACAUCAUAGUAUAGUGUGAUAAAAAGUUCAAAUUUUUGAAUGAUAAAAAUGUCACAGAAUAGUAUGAUAAAAAUGUCACAGAAUAGUAUGAUAAAAAUGUCAUAGUAUAGUUUGAUAAAAAUGUCAUAGUAUAGUAUGAUUAAAAGUUCAUAGAUUACCAUGAUUACCAAUAUUGAAAAAUUUUAAAGUACAGCAUGAUUAAAAUAUCAGUAUACUAUGAUAAGAAUUAUAAGAUUUUUUUACGUAAAAAUGUCAUAGUAUAGCAUGUUUAAAAAUUUCAUAGUAUAGAAUGUAACAAAAUGUCAUAGUAUAGCAUGAUAAACUACUUUUUUGUAUGAAAACAUGUCAUAGUAUAGUAUAAUUAAAUGUCAAAGUAUAGUAAGAAAAAAUAUCAAAUUUUUGUAUAAAAUGUCAAAGUAUAGUAUGAAUGAAAUGUCAUCGUAAAGUAUAAAAAUAUUUUAAAUUUUAGUAUGAAAAUAAAAGGCAGAGUAUUGUAUGAUUAAAAAUCAUGGUAUAGAAUGAUAAGAAUGUCAGAGUAUAGUAUAGAAAAAAUUCGAAUUUUUGUACAAAAAAGGUCAUAGGAUAGUAUGUUCAGAAAUGUUAUGGGAUAUUUUCUUAAAAAACAGCGUGAUAAAAAAUUACAAAUUUUUAUAUGAAAAAAAUGUCAUAGUUUAGUUUAGAAACAGGUCAAAAUAAAACAUGUUAAAAAAUGUCAUAAUAUAGUAUGAUAAAAUAUUUCAAAUUUUUGUAUGUUAAAAAUAUCAAAAUAAAGUAUGAUUAAAAUGUCAUAAUAUAAUAUGUUAAAAAAUGUCAUAGUAUAGUAUGAUUAAAUAUUUCAAUUUUUGUAUGAAAAAACUGUCCUAGUAUUAGGUUUAAAAUGUCAUAGUAUAUAAUAAAAGUAGUCUUAGUCUAGACUGAUUUAAAUGUCAUAGUAUAGUUUGAUAAAAAUGUCAAGGUAUAGUACGAAAAAAUAUCCAAUUUUUGUAUAAAAAUGUCAAAGUAUAGUAUGAAUGAAACAUCAUCGUAAAGUAUAAAAAUAUUUUAAAUUUUAGUAUAAAAAAAAUGUCAGAGUAUUGUAUGAUUAAAAAUCAUGGUAUAGAAUGAUAAGAAUGUCAGAGUAUAGUAUAGAAAAAAAUUCGAAUUUUUGUACAAAAAAUGUCAUAGUAUAGUAUGAUUAAAAUGUCAUAGUAUAGUAUGUUCAGAAAUGUUAUGGAAUAUUAUGUUAAAAAACAGCCUUGUACAGUGUGAUAAAAAAUUACAAAUUUUUAUAUGAAAAAAAUGUCAUAGUACAGUUUGAUUAAAAAAAGUUCAAUUGUUUGUAUUAAAAUAAUGUCAUAGUAUAGUAUCAUAAAAAAUGUCAUGUUUUUGUAUGAAAAAAAAAUUCAUAGGAUUGUGUGAUUAAAAUGUCAUAGUAUAGUAUGUUAAAAAAUAUCAUAGUAUAGUAUGUUUAAAAAGGUUAUAGUAUAGUAUGAUAAAAAUGUCACAGUAUUGUAUGAUUAAAAUAUACAAAACUGCAAAACCGAGGGGUUCCCAUGUCUCUUAUAAGAAUCCUGAUUUUUCACCAGAAAGCGUUUGUGAAAUGGGGUGACUUUACAUCUGCCCCAUUCAACAUAUGGAGUUAGGCAGGGGAGUAUUUCAUCUCCAUGUCUUUUUCAUAUUGAUAUGGACGAGUUAUCCAACCAGCUGAGCAGGCUGUAUGAUUGGACUGGACUUUGACAGUUACUCAGAAUAUGUUCUUAAUAUGGUUCUGACUUUGAUUUUAAAUUUGAUGGAAAAAAGAACAACGUCAUGAUAGACAAUAAAUGGUCAUUUCCUGUCUUCUCAGUCUCUGCUACUGUCCAUAAAACAUGUGAAGAAGUCAAAUACUCAGGACAUCUUCUGACUGAUCACCUGUCCGUGAAGAUCACUCUUUUUAAAACUUUCUGCACCCCAGUGUUCGUAUACUGCCCUCUUGUGGCGGCACUACAAAAGGAGCUCUGUGCAGAGACUCAAGGGCUGUGUCUCAUUUCAGAGACCGCAUCGUGAUAAGCGCGCUUAACAGCGCUUAGCUGAGUGCACUGCCGUUUUGAGCCGUUUUACGCCGUUUUGCGCCGUUCUGUGCCCUUCCUGUGUCCCAUUUCAGAUACAGCAGCCAUCGAACGGCGCAUCUGACGCGUACGUGAGGUCACCACGCGGCACGAACGGUGUCCCGUUUGGCACAAAAUACUAAGCGCGCUUCAAAUUCGGUCUCAAAACCACACUACCCCCGCCUCGUUUUCAAGCGUGCAUGUAUGCACGCUUUCGUGCCGUCGGUAUCCCAGAAUUCUUUGCGUGCCGCUGCACAGCUGUGCAUUUCAGGUGAGAGGCUGGACUCGCUUGGAGACACAGCGCGUCUUCGAAGAAAAUACAAGCAAUCCAAAACCAUCAGACAGUCAGCUCAGGCUGUAUGAGAGCAUGAUCUCUGAACUCACUAAAAUCUGUAAACCAAACAUUAUAGAUUUAGAGACAAACUGAUCCGCUGUGUUACAACUAUCAAAAACAUUAGAAAUGAGAAAGCUGACAAAACUACAGCAGAGUAUCAGGACAACAUUGAGGUUUUUUUUUUCUUUUAAGAUUUAGAGAUUAAAGUUGUAAAUUUAGGAGAAUAAAGUCAUAAAGUAAAUAAAGUCAUAAAGCUGCUUUUGUGGAGGGGGAAAUGACUGAAGCUGGUCAUCUGCAGGGUUAUCUGUGGAUGUAUCAGCGGGUCAUUAAGAGAGAUUUUGUGGUUUCUGAAGAAACAAUCAAACUGAUGAUGAUCAACAUUUGUGAUCCAGAGGGAGUCGAGCUCCGACGAGCACCACGUCUCUGACACCGGCCGUAGCCUACACCUGCAGAGACACCAACACCUUAUUACGGCAUAUGGAUUCAUAUCAUAAAUUAAAGCUCAAUGUCAUUCACGGAUAUUAACGGCUGCAUUGACAGGUAUAUCCUCAGCAUAUUCAUUUCUGUCUCCACAAAAGCAGCGAUUUCCUUCAAGUACACCAAUAUUUUUCCCCCGUGGAAAAGACGUAUUUCUCAUAUAUUCUUUUUAAAGUCUUUAUACUUAUGACAAUGUUAUGCUGAUGUGCCAGAGGAUGAAGAAUCUCCUUGUUUGUGAAACCUAUACUGAAGCACAGUUCCUUCAAAUGCUUCAUGGCCCUAAUUUUAACAAGUCUCUCUGAAAUAACAGGUUAUGACUUCAUUCUCAUAAAUUAAUGACUUUAUUCUCGUAAAUUCACGACUUAAAUCUCGAAGUCCUUAAAGUCUUAAAUCUCAAUAUGGCCCUCAUACUCCUUCUUACAAAACAAUCAUUGGAUGAAUUGUGCUUGUAUGUAUCUACUAUUUUGUGUCUGUGCAAGGUUGCACAAUUAAAACAAUAAAUGCUGCGCUCCGCGGGUUUCCUUUAAGUCAGUCGUGACGCGAGCCUGAGGGCGGGGACAUUUGGCAACUCCACCAGGAAGUCCUCCGAAGGUCUCCAAAUGUCCCCGCCCUCAGGCUUACGUCACGACUGAUUAGAAAAAAGCUGCGGAGCGCAGCAUGUAUUGUUUUAAUUGUGCGACCUUGCACAGACACAAAAUAGUAGAUACAUACAAGCACAGAUCAUUCCCACAAAAUUAAUCCAAUGAUUGUUUUGUAUGAAGGAGUAUGAGGGCCCUAUUGAGAAGGAGGAUAGGAGAUACUUCAUCCUCUGGCACAUCAGCAUCACAUUGUCAUAACUAUAAAGACUUUAAAAAAAGAAUAUAUGAGAAAUACGUCUUUUCCACGGGGAAAAAAACUGGUGUACUUGAAGGAAAUCGCUGCUUUUGUGGAGGCAGAAAUGAAUAUGCUGAGGAUAUAUCUGUCAAUGCAGCCGUAAAUAUCCGUGAAUGACAUUGAGCUUUAAUUUAUGAUAUGAAUCCAUAUGCCAUAAUAAGGUGUUGGUGUCUCUGCAGGUGUAGGCUACGGCCGGUGUCAGAGACGUGGUGCUCGUCGGAGCUCGACUCCCUCUGGAUCACAAAUGUUGAUCAUCAUCAGUUUGAUUGUUUCUUCAGAAACCACAAAAUCUCUCUGAAUGACCCGCUGAUACAUCCACAGAUAACCCUGCAGAUGACCAGCUUCAGUCAUUUCCCCCUCCACAAAAGCAGCUUUAUGACUUUAUUUACUUUAUGAGUUUAUUCUCCUAAAUUUACAACUUUAAUCUCUAAAUCUUAAAAAAAAAAAAAAACCUCAAUGUUGUCCUGAUACUCUGCUGUAGUUUUGUCAGCUUUCUCAUUUCUAAUGUUUUUGAUAGUUGAAGCAGAGCGGAUCAGUUCGUCUCUAAAUCUAUAAUGUUUGGUUUACAGAUUUUAGUGAGUUCAGAGAUCAUGCUCUCAUACAGCCUGAGCUGACUGUCUGCUGUUUUUGGAUUGCUUGUAAUUUCUUUGAAGACGCGCUGCGUCUCCAAGCGAGUCCAGCCUCUCACCUGAAAUGCGCAGCUGUGCAGCGGCACGCAAAGGAUUCUGGGAUACCGACGGCACGAAAGCGUGGAUAAAUGCACGCUUGAAAACAUGCUAAGCGCGCUUAGCAUUUUUUAGCAUCUCGUGCCAAACGGGACACCGUUCGCACCGUCGUGACGUCAUGCACACUUCAAAUGCACCGUUCGACGGUGCAGAAGGACACUUAGGUCGAUGCGGUCUCUGAAAUGAGACACAGCCAAGGUGGGAUAUCAUGAUGGCCUGAAGAUGCUGCUGAAUGUGCCCAGAGGGAGCAGUGCGAGCCAAGUGUUUGAGAGUGUUGGUGUGUCUACGGCUGUGUCUCAUUUCAGAGACCGCAUCGUGAUAAGCGCGCUUAACGGCGCUUAGCUGAGUGCACUGCCGUUUUGAGCCGUUUUACGCCGUUUUGCGCCGUUCUGUGCCCUUCCUGUGUCCCAUUUCAGAUACAGCAGCCAUCGAACGGCGCAUCUGACGCGUACGUGAGGUCACCACGCGGCACGAACGGUGUCCCGUUUGGCACAAAAUACUAAGCGCGCUUCAAAUUCGGUCUCAAAACCACACUACCCCCGCCUCGUUUUCAAGCGUGCAUGUAUGCACGCUUUCGUGCCGUCGGUAUCCCAGAAUUCUUUGCGUGCCGCUGCACAGCUGUGCAUUUCAGGUGAGAGGCUGGACUCGCUUGGAGACACAGCGCGUCUUCGAAGAAAAUACAAGCAAUCCAAAACCAGCAGACUGUCAUCUCAGGCUGUAUGAGAGCAUGAUCUCUGAACUCACUAAAAUCUGUAAACCAAACAUUAUAGAUUUAGAGACGAACUGAUCCGCUGUGUUACAACUAUCAAAAACAUUAGAAAUGAGAAAGCUGACAAAACUACAGCAGAGUAUCAGGACAACAUUGAGGUUUUUUUUUCUUUUAAGAUUUAGAGAUUAAAGUUGUAAAUUUAGGAGAAUAAAAUCAUAAAGUAAAUAAAGUCAUAAAGCUGCUUUUGCGGAGGGGGAAAUGACUGAAGCUGGUCAUCUGCAGGGUUAUCUGUGGAUGUAUCAGCGGGUCAUUCAGAGAGAUUUUGUGGUUUCUGAAGAAACAAUCAAACUGAUGAUGAUCAACAUUUGUGAUCCAGAGGGAGUCGAGCUCCGACGAGCACCACGUCUCUGACACCGGCGGUAGCCUACACCUGCAGAGACACCAACACCUUAUUACGGCAUAUGGAUUCAUAUCAUAAAUUAAAGCUCAAUGUCAUUCACGGAUAUUUACGGCUGCAUUGACAGAUAUAUCCUCAGCAUAUUCAUUUCUGCCUCCACAAAAGCAGCGAUUUCCUUCAAGUACACCAGUUUUUUUCCCUGUGGAAAAGACGUAUUUCUCAUAUAUUCUUUUUAAAGUCUUUAUACUUAUGACAAUGUUAUGCUGAUGUGCCAGAGGAUGAAGAAUCUCCUUGUUUGUGAAACCUAUACUGAAGCACAGUUCCUUCAAAUGCUUCAUGGCCCUAAUUUUAACAAGUCUCUCUGAAAUAACAGGUUAUGACUUCAUUCUCAUAAAUUAAUGACUUUAUUCUCGUAAAUUCACGACUUAAAUCUCGAAGUCCUUAAAGUCUUAAAUCUCAAUAUGGCCCUCAUACUCCUUCUUACAAAACAAUCAUUGGAUGAAUUGUGCUUGUAUGUAUCUACUAUUUUGUGUCUGUGCAAGGUCGCACAAUUAAAACAAUAAAUGCUGCGCUCCGCGGGUUUCCUUUAAGUCAGUCGUGACGCGAGCCUGAGGGCGGGGACAUUUGGCAACUCCACCAGGAAGUCCUCCGAAGGUCUCCAAAUGUCCCCGCCCUCAGGCUUACGUCACGACUGAUUAGAAAAAAAGCUGCGGAGCGCAGCAUGUAUUGUUUUAAUUGUGCGACCUUGCACAGACACAAAAUAGUAGAUACAUACAAGCACAGAUCAUUCCCACAAAAUUAAUCCAAUGAUUGUUUUGUAUGAAGGAGUAUGAGGGCCCUAUUGAGAAGGAGGAUAGGAGAUACUUCAUCCUCUGGCACAUCAGCAUCACAUUGUCAUAAGUAUAAAGAAAAAAAAAAUUAAAAAAGAAUAUAUGAGAAAUACGUCUUUUCCACGGGGAAAAAAACUGGUGUACUUGAAGGAAAUCGCUGCUUUUGUGGAGGCAGAAAUGAAUAUGCUGAGGAUAUAUCUGUCAAUGCAGCCGUAAAUAUCCGUGAAUGACAUUGAGCUGUAAUUUAUGAUAUGAAUCCAUAUGCCAUAAUAAGGUGUUGGUGUCUCUGCAGGUGUAGGCUACGGCCGGUGUCAGAGACGUGGUGCUCGUCGGAGCUCGACUCCCUCUGGAUCACAAAUGUUGAUCAUCAUCAGUUUGAUUGUUUCUUCAGAAACCACAAAAUCUCUCUGAAUGACCCGCUGAUACAUCCACAGAUAACCCUGCAGAUGACCAGCUUCAGUCAUUUCCCCCUCCACAAAAGCAGCUUUAUGACUUUAUUUACUUUAUGACUUUAUUCUCCUAAAUUUACAACUUUAAUCUCUAAAUCUUAAAAGAAAAAAACCUCAAUGUUGUCCUGAUCCUCUGCUGUAGUUUUGUCAGCUUUCUCAUUUCUAAUGUUUUUGAUAGUUGUAACACAGCGGAUCAGUUCGUCUCUAAAUCUAUAAUGUUUGGUUAACAGAUUUUAGUGAGUUCAGAGAUCAUGCUCUCAUACAGCCUGAGCUGACUGUCUGAUGGUUUUGGAUUUCUUGUAUUUUCUUUGAAGACGCGCUGUGUCUCCAAGCGAGUCCAGCCUCUCACCUGAAAUGCGCAGCUGUGCAGCGGCACGCAAAGCAUUCUGGGAUACCGACGGCACGAAAGCGCGCAUAAAUCCACGCUUGAAAACAUGCUAAGCGCGCUUAGCAUUUUUUAGCAUCUCGUGCCAAAUGGGACACCGUUCGCACCGUCGUGACGUCAUGCACGCUUCAAAUGCACCGUUCGACGGUGCAGAAGGGCACUUAGGUCGAUGCGGUCUGUGAAAUGAGACACAGCCUACAUGUCCUGCUGUACUCAUGAACCUCUCUCAUGUGUCGGUACUUGUUCCACCUGAGACUCACCUGGGGUUUCAUCAUGAGCAGCUCUUUUACUGUAGUCUUCUUAUGCAAGACUUGGACGUAUUCAGGCGGCCUGGGGGGGGGAGAUAAACAGUGAAAAAUGAUUCAUGGUUUUCAUCAUUGGUGAAAUCAAUGAUAUGUGGUUGUGCUUCAAUAAAUGGAGACCCUGUAGAGAAUGAUGUGUUAAUAAGAUUUAACUUCCGGUUUGAGUCGAAUUUAGUUUGUAAAAACUUCAAAAUGUUUGACAAAAACAUGUUAAAGCACCAUCGCUGCUUGUCCUGAUCAACUUUAACCAGCUGUAGACACUUUUCUUAUUUCAUUUCACCUCCUGAAUUGAAUUAAAGGAGAAAAACAGAACUUCUUCAGGACAUUUAAAGUUUUUGAGCUGCACCUGUAUCUCCUGUUACUCAGUUUGAGCUUUUAAGGCUCCUGUGGGUAACUUUUGGCUUUUGCUGAUUGUGGCGCCCUCCUGUGGACAAAACUUUUGCUGGUUCCUGAGGACUCCAGGGUUCAGUGGAAGCAGCAUUGACAUUUAGCUCAUUGAUGUUGCAGUCAAAUAAAACCUGAGAAGUUUGGUUAAAAAGAGCAGAAACUUGACAAAGAUUGUAAACAAAAUCCAUUUAUGUUUGUACUUAGAUAUGUCCAGAAACGUGCUGAUAUACUGUCAUUUGUAUAUUUGAUAUUAUUUGAUAUAAUAUUAUCUAAUAUCAUAAAUAUGUGAUUGACAGGUCUGAGACGUCCUCACUGAAGCUGCUUUAUUCCCUUCCCGUGUACAAAGACGAUAUAUUCACACAGUCAAAGAAACUCUGCUGGAAACUGACGCAAAGCAGGGAAACUAAAUCACUCCCAGUGUGUUGGUGUGGAUUAUGGCACAUAUUCAUCCUAUUUCAUGUCGAUUUAAUCUUGAUUAAUCAUGCUUAAGUUAUCCUUUUAUGUACUAAAACACGUGUUUAAUCCAAAAAUAGAUCCUGUCUAAUAAAUUUGAUGUAGCAUACAUUAGUAUGUGGAAUCAUGGAGUCAUGAGGGUUUUUUGAAGCAGACAGUAAACUGUGAUAAAUACUAAAUAUACAGACAUGUUAAAUCUGACAGACAUGUUGAUAUUUCUCUGUGAAGGCAUAAAUGAACAGCUAUCUUCUGCAUCACUUUAUCACAGUUACAAUAAAAAGAGGAGUCUGUGAGCGUAACAGAAGCUGAGCAGACGCCCCUGAUCUCCAGUGACAGUCCCCGUUUUGGAUGACCUGUCCCCGGCUAAAGAUGUCCGCAGAAAUGUCCCCGAUUUAAGCUUUUUUUUCUUUUUCUCCAGACUUUAUCGACACGUCAGGAAUCACAUCAAAACGAAGAACAAUGAUAUAAUUUCAGGGGGUCGCAGUAUUCCGACAGAAAACAAUGAAUUGUUAUUAGUUCAGUUCAAUAACUGAUCAAAGCUUUUUCGUUUGAUGAAACUCGGAUAGUCGUGAAGUUUUGUUUGAGUUCCUUCUCAAAAAUUAAAAAUGAUGGAUUGUGAUCAGUGAAUCUGGUAUUUAGCAAGUCGAACAAGCAAGUUGAUGAUAUAGUAAUGAUGUUUGUUGUUCGCAGGAUAGGAGUGGAACCCAAACAGCACAUUCACACAAGUAAGAGACACACCAGACAAGAUAUUCUGGGAAAUAAAUGUACAAACAUCUCGCCUGAAAACAGAUGAAAAGGGACAGGAGCAGAACAGAUGAUCACGAUCUUCUGAACAGUCCACAUUCAUGUCUUUUUUCUCUCUAUGUCAAAAUAAUGAGCCGGGAUAAAUCCUGCGGAUCGUUUUAGAAGAAACUUUAUUAAUCUUGUUUAUAAUCAGAAAUUUAGAAGGAAGGCACCAGAUUCUUUUCCACUUCAAGUCUGGAGUGAGAAACUACAAACAGAGAUGAAGUCCUUUUCAAAUAAAGCAUAAAGUAUACUACAGCUUUUUUUGGCCACGAUAUUUUGAAGUGUCCUAUGGUAUGUUAUUUAUCAGGUCUGGACUCAGUGAUUCGUUCACACUGAACAUGAACCGUUCCCUCACAAACCGCUGCAGUGAUAGGCUGCUGUGGAUUUAAUGGACGACUUUGUUCCAUGCUGUGUCCUAUUGUACAAAAGUUGUCGUGUUGAAAAUUUAGCAGUAAAAAAUUUAAAAAAGGUAGUUCUGUCGGACAAAAAUGAUUCCAGAGAGUGAAGUUCAAUGUUUACCGAGUGAUUCCCUCACUCUGCGUUAGCAUCUACCCUGCUGACAGCUCAACUCAAGUGAGAAACGAACAAAUCACUAGAGGAAGUGAUUCAGUUCAGUACGUUCACUUAAAGAUUUGGUUCUUUUGAACGAAUCGUUCGUGAACGACACAACAGCACCCCCUGGAUGUUCCCGGAUUUCUUACAGAAAUCUGUUCAAUUUAGAGCAACAUAAUAUCUCUCUCACACACAGGAGGACGUUCGUACGUCGUUCGUUUGUUUGUCUGUUAAAGUGUUAUUUUAAAUCACUGAAACAUAAGACACAGAUCCAGUCUUUGGUCACUAAUAAACACCGAAAAACACAGAUUUACAACAAUAAAAGGAUUUACCGUUAACCUCUUCUUCUUCUUCUUGAGUUUGAUUGGCGCUUGGUAAACAACGAAAUGGAGCAUUUCCGCCACCUGCUGGUUAGGAGUGUGGACCAGAAUAUCUAAUACCAACACUUGUCUCCUUUUUUUCUCCGUGUUUUAUUGUUUUAGCUCCAUAUUAACUCGAAGUGUCGAUCAUGUAAGUGAGUCUCUGAGGUUUUUACAUUUAAUUUGAUUAUUUCUGUUGAUCAUGAUUCAGUUAUUUUACAUGAACAGUUCACCGUACAGUCAGCGCUCAUGUCGGCUUCAUAGACCCCGGAUGUUUGCUGCCCUCCUGUGGAUAUGUCGCGUUACUACAGCUCUACUGUUAAAUCUGUCACACAUUAACAUGGAGCAACAAUCCUGAACGUUUUCGCCACCAAUGAACAUCUUCUAAUAAUUAAAAACAGUGUUAUGUGUAUUAAUAUAAACUAUUACAUAUUAUUAAAUACAAUAUUAUAUCAUAUUACAGCCUGCACUUUGUUUAAUAUCUGUCUAUAGAUUCUAUAUGGUGUGCCUGUAAUUUGUUUCCCCUAACGAUGUUCUUUCUUCUAUUUUUUCCCCUUUUUUUUCUCUUUUCUGUUUUUUUACAAUAUGGACUUACCUGUUUACUUUGUCGAUUGAAAUUGCUAAUAAUAAUAAUAAUUAUUAUUAUUCUCUGCAUAAAAUUAAUGGCUUCUCUCAUAACAAAUAAUCAAUGAAAAUGUUUGAUACUGGAUUUGAAAUAAGUCAGUUUGCUGAUGAUACUGUCAUUGUUUUGAAAAAUAAAUCAGUCCUCAGGAAAGCUUUAGAAGUCCUCUGGGUUUUCUCUCGGGCAUCAGGUCUUUGUCUUCAAAAAUGUGAACUGUUUCCACUUCACGACUGCAAUGAUAAUGAACUUGAGUCAAUCCCUGUAAAAAAUGAGAUAUUUGGGAAUUCAACGAUCCAGAGAGGUCAAAACUAGAGAAUCAAAACAUUUAAGGAAAAAAGGGAAGAAAUGACAAAAAGUCACGGCUCGCCCCAAGACGAGUGGAUGAAGAGGAGGGGGUUUAAUCCCUCCAGUGUUUUCUCUGAAUCUCUCUCUUUGGAGGCUGCAUGCUGUUCAGUCUCUCCAAAACUAGAUCAGCUCCUCCCCCUUUUCCCUCCCCUCCUAUAUAAAGCACCUGUGGCAGGAGAGCUACCUUCUCUAUUGUCUGUCUGUUUGCUGCCGAACAAAUAUUGAGACUAAAUAUUGUCCUUUUUGUGCUUUUCUUAUGUUUGUGGGUCAAUUACAUUCAUUUUUGUUUCACAAUAUAUAUUUUUUUGGUUUAAAAAUGUUUGUGCAUUUUAUUUCAUAUUUUUCAUUUAACAAAAUUGUUGUUUUUCAUUAAAUUUUUUUUUUUUUUUCACUUUAACUGAAACCAAAUAGCGGUGUUUGAAAACUGUUUUGUAGUCAAUAUUUUUGAUAUUGAACAGAAUUAAAUACAAAAACAGAUGAAACUCGUUCACUAUUAAAGUCUGCUGAUCUAAACAGAGUUUCACGUUGGCGCCAUCUAGUGGACUGCCUCAAACCCAUCUUCUUCUUCUUUAGGGCCCGAGCGUAGCUGCUAAGCAGCUGCGAGAGCCCUAUUAUUCCUGAUGGAUUCUUCUUUAGGGCCCGAGCGUAGCUGCUAAGCAGCUGCGAGAGCCCUCUUGUUCCUGCAUGUUUCCUUCUUUCGUUAUUAUUUUUCCUCCGCUUUAAACUGGAAAAUGGCCCACUUCCCACUGGCGAAAACUCAGGAAAUUUGGCAGGACGACCGGGCCUGGUGAAAAAUUCGAUAUUCUGAAGUCGCCCAAACAAUAAAAUGCAAAAUGGCUCCAUAGCGCCCCCUAAGGUGAAAAUUCACAUGACGGCUGUACGCUUUGUCAUAUUGACACAAAAAUUGACACACACAUGUAUCUCAAUAAGAUCUACAAAAAAGUCAGUGCGGGCGUAUCUGUCAAAUGUACGGUUAAUGGGUUAUUUUGCAUUUUUUGCAGAUCUGCACACAUUGGAAUUUCGCUAACUCCUCCGAAGGCUUUCGUUCGACCGGCACCACAUUUGCGCAGGCCAAUCUACCCCCCAUGGCCAUUAAAAGUUGUACAAAUCAUGACGCUGCACCCCACGGUUUAGGUUCUAGGGGGCGCCAAAGAUAACCCAAAAUCCACAUUCUUAAAAGUCUUAUAACUUUUUAUUUUUGUCCUCACUGCCCUCCAAGUUUUCUAGGAUGAUGCAAUGUCCAGCCAUCAACACAUUUGUGAAGGAAUUUUUACUCCCCAAAAGAGCGCCCCCCCAUGGCAGGAGAAAAAAGUCAAUUUUUUCUUGUCCCCUUACAUGAAAACACACAUUGUUGAGUGUCACGCCUGAACGCUUUGUCAUAUUGACACAAAAAUUGACAAUCAUGUGUAUCUCAAUUAGAUCUACGAAAAAGUCAAAAAGCGCGUAUCUGUAUAAUGUACGGUUAAAGGGCUAUUUCGCAUUUUUUGCCGAUUCGCACACAUUGGAAUGUGGCUAUCCCCUCCUAAGGCUUUCGUCCCACCAAUACCAAAUUUGCUCAGGGCAAUCUACACCCCAUGGCCAUUCAAAGUUGUAAAAAUCAUGACGCUGCACCCCACGGUUUACGUUCUAGGGGGCGCCAAAGAUGACCCAAAAAUCCACAUUCUUAAAAGUCAUUUUGGCCACUGCAGGAGUACAGAGUACUGCAGUUCUAGGGGGCGCCAAAGAUGACCCAAAAAUCCACAUUCUUAAAAGUCUUUUUGGCCACUGCAGGAGUACAGAGUACUGCAGGAUACACACACAUACACACACACACACACACACACACACACACACACACACACACACACACACUCAGAGUCUGUUUUUUAGCACCUGCAAAAACAUGCUAUUUACAUAUUUGACAACAAUGCAGAGGCUUCCUUUUCCCCCUGAAAAAAAUCAGAUUUCAAACACAACUUGACUGUUCAUUUCUCCAAAAGACAACCAUGAAGCUCCAUCCAAACCUGAAGCAGAUAGUUGGUGCAUGUGUACAGUAACCUGAGGGGAGUGAGGUGACUAUUUCUGAGGAGAACAUGAGCAGUGACGAUUCACCUUGGAGCUAGAACAGGGACGUGCACAUGAUUAUACAGGGGCAGGGGCUCAAGUUUUUUCCAGUCAUUUAUACAAUAUGGAAAUUAAUGUGAAAUUAAACCACAAAUAUGUGUGAUGAACUGUUUUUAAAACUUAAACUUCAAAUAAAAAUUGUAAACUUCAAAACAUAUGCAAAUUUUUAACAAAGAACAUAGUAAUUUACCUCUAUUUACAUCAAAAUGCAGGCAAUGGCCCAGGCGUUCUUUGUAAAAUUAUUUACAAAACACUGUAUAGUCUCACAAAUGUCACUUUUUAGGGCCCGAGCGUAGCUGCUAAGCAGCUGCGAGAGCCCUCUUGUUCCUGAUGGAUUCUUCUUUCGUUAUUUUUCCUCCGCUUUAAACUGGAAAAUGGCCCACUUCCCACUGGCGAAAACUCAGGAAAUUUGGCAGGACGACCGGGCCUGGUGAAAAAUUUGAUAUUCUGAAGUCGCCCAAACAAAAAAAUGAAAAAUGGCUCCAUAGCGCCCCCUAUGGUGAAAAUUCACCUGACGCCUGUACGCUUUGUCAAAUUGACACAAAAUUUGACACACAUGUGUAUCUCAAUACGAUCUACAAAAAAGUCAGUGCGGGCGUAUCUGUCAAAUGUACCGUUAAAGGGCUAUUUUGCAUUUUUUGCCGAUCCGCACACAUUGGAAUUUCGCUAACUCCUCCGAAGGCUUUCGUUCCACCGGCACCAAAUUUGCUCAGGCCAAUCUACACCCCAUGGCCAUUAAAAGUUGUACAAAUCAUGACGCUGCACCCCACGGUUUACGUUCUAGGGGGCGCCAAAGAUAACCCAAAAAUCCACAUUCUUAAAAGUCUUAUAACUUUUUAUUUUUGUCCUCACUGGCCUCCAAGUUUUCUAGGAUGAUGCAAUGUCCAGCCAUCAACACAUUUGUGAAGGAAUUUUUACUCCCCAAAAGAGCGCCCCCCCAUGGCAGGUGAAAAAAGUCCAUUUUUUCUUGUCCCCUAACAUGAAAAUACACAUUGUAGAGUGUCACGCCUGAACGCUUUGUCAUAUUGACACAAAAUUUGACAAUCACGUGUAUCUCAAUAAGAUCUACGAAAAAGUCAAAGAGCGCGUAUCUGUAUAAUGUAUGGUUAAAGGGCUAUUUCGCAUUUUUUCCCGAUCCGCACACAUUGGAAUUUCGCUAACUCCUCCUAAGGCUUUCGUCCCACCAACACCAAAUUUGCUCAGGCCGAUCUACAUCCCAUGGCCAUUCAAAGUUGUAAAAAUCAUGACGCUGCACCCCACGGUUUACGUUCUAGGGGGCGCCAAAGAUGACCCAAAAAUCCACAUUCUUAAAAGUCAUUUUGGCCACUGCAGGAGUACAGAGUACUGCAGUUCUAGGGGGCGCCAAAGAUGACCCAAAAAUCCACAUUCUUAAAAGUCUUUUUGGCCACUGCAGGAGUACAGAGUACUGCAGGAUACACACACACACACACACACACACACACACACACACACACACACACACACACACACACACACACACACACUCAGAGUCUGUUUUUUAGCACCUGCAAAAACAUGCUGUUUACAUAUUUGACAAGAAUGCAGAGGCUUCCUUUUGCCCCUGAAAAAAAUCAGAUUUCAAACACAACUUGACUGUUCAUUUCUCCAAAAGACAACCAUGAAGCUCCAUCCAAACCUGAAGCAGAUAGUUGGUGCAUGUGUACAGUAACCUGAGGGGAGUGAGGUGACUAUUUCUGAGGAGAACAUGAGCAGUGAAGAUUCACCUUGGAGCUAGAACAGGGACGUGCACAUGAUAAUACAGGGGCAGGGGCUCAAGAUUUUUCCAGUCAUUUAUACAAUAUGGAAAUUAAUGUGAAAUUAAAACACAAAUAUGUGUGAUGAACUGUUUUUAAAACUUAAACUUCAAAUAAAAAUUGUAAACUUCAAAACAUAUGCAAAUUUUUAACAAAGAACAUAGUAAUUUACCUCUAUUUACAUCAAAAUGCAGGCAAUGGCCCAGGCGUUCUUUGUAAAAUUAUUUACAAAACACUGUAUAGUCUCACAAAUGUCACUUUUUAUUUAUGCCACUACAAAAAAACAUGAUGUAAAUGAUGCAUGAUGUAAAACAUGAUGUAAAAAACUUGUGUAGAUCCUCCUCUAUGUCAGUCCAUGUGUAAUUUUUCCAUAAUUCUUUGUUUUUUGCAGCAUUUUUGUUAGUGUAACUGCAGAUUGUGCUGACAGUCUAUGGCAAAAAAAAACAAAAACUGAAAAUGCCUCAACAUGAACCCCUGGUGGUCUCUGAGGGUGAAACCUGCUAACUGCUGCAGCUCUGUCAGCUUCAGUCUCCCAUGCAGAGCUCGGAGCGCAUGUGUGGCUCUGCACCCUUAGCAGCGUUGCUAACUCCUCAGUAAGGAAAGCCUGCUUCAUGUCAGAGUCUCUAAACUCCAGAAGAAGUCGAUAAAAGUCCCUUUCUUUCUAAAAAAAAGUCGUUAGGGGGUCUGAAAAGUCAUUGAAUCUAACAACACAGUCGCUAGGUUUGCAACUACGUGUCCCAGACUGCAUCCCUGCUGAGAGUCCCUCCCUCCCUUCUCAUAUUGCAGGAAGAACGUAAGCGCCCGCCCCUUGUCAAUCAGUCACCAUAUAAUUUUGGAUUGGUUGUUGUGGUGAAGUUUUCCACCAAUAGGAGAGAUGUUGUGGUGUUUUUUUUUUUCUUUUGGCAAGCCUUUUCCGCCUGUAAGACCUGUCGCUAAUGUCUGCAUGCUAUGUUUUCCUGUCUCAUACAGCGCAAUCGAGCGCCGAACGUGAUCAAAAUAAGCAGAAAAAAAGUAUCGCGGACAUAAUUUAUCAUAACUCUGGUUUUAUUUGGCCUAUCAACACAAUUUAAAAACUGGUAUAUAGGUUGAGGUCCUCACUUUUGAGAUAAGUUGAAACGGAGAGUUAACGAGGCUCCGUCUUGCAGCUACAUCCGGUUAAAUAUGUCAUGUGACUUGAACGCUGGGGAGCGUCAAUCGAAUCGAAUCAAACCUAACUCUCAGAUGAAUCUUCAAAAUUCACCUCAGAAAUAUGCUUAUUAUUCUUCUCAGAGUACUGCAGGAUACACACACACACACACACAGACACACACGCACACACACACACACACACACACACACACACACACACACACACACACACACACACUCAGAGUCUGUUUUUUAGCACCUGCAAAAACAUGCUAUUUACAUAUUUGACAAGAAUGCAGAGGCUUCCUUUUGCCCCUGAAAAAAAUCAAAUUUCAAACACAACUUGACUGCUCAUUUCUCCAAAAGACAACCAUGAAGCUCCAUCCAAACCUGAAGCAGGCAGUUGGUGCAUGUGUACAGUAACCUGAGGGGAGUGAGGUGACUGCUUCUGAGGAGAACAUGAGCAGUGAAGAUUCACCUUGGAGCUAGAACAGGGACGUGCACAUGAUAAUACAGGGGCAGGGGCUCAAGUUUUUUCCAGUCGUUUAUACAAUAUGGAAAUUAAUGUGAAAUUAAAAAACAAAGUAUGACUGUCCUGUGUAGGUGACAGUGAUAUCCAAUAGGCUAGGCACUCACGAGGCUGGCUGUGGCAAGUGUAAGUGAAAGCAACACACACUGGCAGGAAGAACAGCAAACGCCGAUGAAGGAAAAGGGUCUUUGCAGUGAUGGGCGUUACCAGAGAGGGCGAUGGCCAGAGGACACGAAUGGGACGGGGAGGCAGCGCGUUGGGGGGGGGGGGGGGGGGUGCGACACGGCUCGGGCCCGCCAGUGCCCCAACGGGGCCCUAGUUCUUCUUCUUCUUCUUCUUAUUAGGGCCCGAGCGUAGCUUCUAAGCAGCUGCGAGAGCCCUCUUGUUCCUGAUGGAUUCUUCUUUCGUUAUUUUUCCUCCGCUUUAAACUGGAAAAUGGCCCACUUCCCACUGGCGAAAACUCAGGAAAUUUGGCAGGACGACCGGGCCUGGUGAAAAAUUCGAUAUUCUGAAGUCGCCCAAACAAAAAAUUGAAAAAUGGCUCCAUAGCGCCCCCUAUGGUGAAAACUCACCUGACGCCUGUACGCUUUGUCAAAAUGACACAAAAUUUGACACACAUGUGUAUCUCAAUAAGAUCUACAAAAAAGUCAGUGUGGGCAUAUCUGUCAAAUGUACCGUUAAAGGGCUAUUUCGCAUUUUUUGCCGAUCCGCACACAUUGGAAUUUCGCUAACUCCUCCGAAGGCUUUCGUUCCACCGGCACCAAAUUUGCUCAGGACAAUCUACACCCCAUGGCCAUUAAAAGUUGUACAAAUAAUGAUGCUGCACCCCACGGUUUACAUUCUAGGGGGCGCCAAAGAUAACCCAAAAAUCCACAUUCUUAAAAGUCUAAUAACUUUUUAUUUUUGUCCUCACUGGCCUCCAAGUUUUCUAGGAUGAUGCAAUGUCCAGCCAUCAACACAUUUGUGAAGGAAUUUUUACUCCCCAAAAGAGCGCCCCCCCAUGGCAGGAGAAAAAAGUCCAUUUUUUCUUGUCCCCUAAGGUGAAAAUACACAUUGUAGAGUGUCACGCCUGUACGCUUUGUCAAAAUGACACAAAAUUUGACAUACAUGUGUAUUUCAAUAAGAUCUUCGAAAAAGUCAAUAGCCACGUAUAUGUAAAAUGUACAGUUAAAGGGUUAUUUCACAUUUUUUGCAGAUCCGCACACAUUGGAAUUUGGCUAACUCCUCCUAAGGCUUUCGUCCCACUGACACCAAAUUUGCUCAGGCCAAUCUACACCCCAUGGCCAUUCAAAGUUGUAAAAAUCAUGACGCUGCACCCCACGGUUUACGUUCUAGGGGGCGCCAAAGAUGACCCAAAUAUCCACAUUCUUAAAAGAAUCCACACCCCCCCCCCCAUCCCCCAUCCCCCAUGGCAGGAGAAACAGUCAAGUUUUUCCUUCCCAUCACUCAAUGGCUCAAUCGCAUCACUCUCCCGGCAACACCGUAACGAGGAGCAACUUGCCGUUUGGAUAUAUCCUAGCUGUGUUUGUGCCCUCACUCAUGGUCCAGACUUUUUUCAAAUAGGACAUGUAGUUUGUCUGCAGCGAGUGUUUUGGUAGAAACUGCGCCUCCCAUUCAUUAUAAUGGGAAAUGACCACAGACAAGUGCGCACACCAUCUUUGGACCUUGAGUGUGACGCGAUCGGGAGGGGGAGGCGGUCGCGCUGGGGGCGGCGCAACGCGGCUCGGGCCCGACAGUGCCCCACCGGGGUCCUAGUUAUUUUUCUGCCCCUUUGAACUGGAAAAUGGCCCACUUCCCACUGGUGAAAACUCAUGAAAUUUGGCAGGACGACCGGGCCUGGUGAAAAAUUCGAUAUUCUGAAGUCACCCAAACAAUCAAAUGCAAAAUGGCUCCAUAGCGCCCCCUAAGGUGAAAAAUUCACAUGAUUGAGUGUCACGCCUGUACGCUUUGUCAAAAUGACACAAAAUUUGACACACACGUGUAUCUCAAUAAGAUCUACAAAAAAGUCAGUGCGGGCGUAUCUGUCAAAUGUACGUUUAAAGGGCUAUUUCGCAUUUUUUGCCGAUCCGCACACAUUGGAAUUUCGCUAACUCCUCCGAAGGCUUUCGUUCCACCGGCACCAAAUUUGCACAGGCCAAUCUAACCCCCAUGGCCAUUCAAAGUUGUACAAAUCAUGACGCUGCACCCCACGGUUUACGUUGUAGGGGGCGCCAAAGAUAACCCAAAAAUCCACAUUCUUACAAGUCUUAUAACUUUUUAUUUCUGUCCUCACUGGCCUCCAAGUUUUCUAGGAUGAUGCAAUGUCCAGCCAUCAACACAUUUGUGAAGGAAUUUUUACUCCCGAAAAGAGCGCCCCCCCCAUGGCAGGAGAAAAAAGGCCAUUUUUUCUUGUCCCAUAAGGUGAAAAUACACAUUGUUGAGUGUCACGCCUGUACGCUUUGUCAUAUUGAAACAAAAUUUGAUAAUCACGUGUAUCUCAAUAAGAUCUACGAAAAAGUCAAUGCGCACGUGUCUGCAAAAUGUACGGUUAAAGGGCUAUUUCGCAUUUUUGGUUGAUUUGCACACAUUGGAAUGUGGCUAACUCCUCCUAAAGCUUUCGUUCCACCGGCACCAAAUUUGCUCAGGCCAAUCUACACCCCAUGGCCAUUAAAAGUUGUACAAAUCAUGACGCUGCACCCCACGGUUUACGUUCUAGGGGUCGCCAAAGAUAACCCAAAAAUCCACAUUCUUACAAGUCUUAUAACUUUUUAUUUCUGUCCUCACUGGCCUCCAAGUUUUCUAGGAUGAUGCAAUGUCCAGCCAUCAACACAUUUGUGAAGGAAUUUUUACUCCCGAAAAGAGCGCCCCCCCAUGGCAGGAGAAAAAAGGCCAUUUUUUCUUGUCCCAUAAGGUGAAAAUACACAUUGUUGAGUGUCACGCCUGUACGCUUUGUCAUAUUGAAACAAAAUUUGAUAAUCACGUGAAUCUCAAUAAGAUCUACGAAAAAGUCAAUGCGCACGUGUCUGCAAAAUGUACGGUUAAAGGGCUAUUUCGCAUUUUUGGUUGAUUCGCACACAUUGGAAUGUGGCUAACUCCUCCUAAAGCUUUCGUUCCACCGGCACCAAAUUUGCCCAGGCCAAUCUACACCCCAUGGCCAUUAAAAGUUGUACAAAUCAUGAUGCUGCACCCCACGGUUUACGUUCUAGGGGUCGCCAAAGAUAACCCAAAAAUCCACAUUCUUAAAAGUCUUAUAACUUUUCAUUUUUGUCCUCACUGGCUUCAAAGUUUUCUAGGAUGAUGCAAUGUCUAGCCAUCAACACAUUUGUGAAGGAAUUUUUUCUCCCUAAAAGAGUGCCCCCCCAUGGCAGGAGAAAAAGUCAAGUUUUUCCUGCCCAUCGCUCAAUGGCUCAAACACAUCGCUCUCUCGGAAAAAAACGAAAGGAGGAGCAACUUGCCAUUUGGAUAUAUCCUAGCUGUGUUUGUGCCCUCACUCAUGGUCCAGACUUUUUUCAAAUAGGACAUGUAGUUUGUCUGCAGCGAGUGUUUUGGUAGAAACUGCGCCUCCCAUUCAUUAUAAUGGUAAAUGACCACAGACAAGUGCGCACACCAUCGUUGAACCUUGAGUGUGACGCGAUCGGGAGGGAGAGGCGGUCGUGUUGGGGGCGGCGUGACACAGCUCGGGCCCGCCAGUGCCCCAACGGGGCCCUAGUCUUCUUCUUCUUCUUCUUCUCCAUCUAAAACUAUCAAAGAGAUUCUGUGUUUGUUCAGACAGAGUUUAGUUUGUUUCUCGAUUGUCCAUCUUUUGUUGUUCCGUCGCCAUAAUCAGCCUCUCUUCACGGUUCGUCCUCAAACAGCUGCAGAAAUGUCACUCUGACUCCUGCUCCUUACCGUCUCAUCACAAGCGUCAUUAAUCCAUAUGCAGUUACAGUUUUGGCCACCGGAGGGCGCCGAGGAGUAAUGACAGUGCGAUGAGGAAAAGUAAGACGUCUCACUCUGCUGCUGUUUUGAUGGCUGAACUUUAUUUACCGGUUUCUGAGCUGAAAAUGGACAGAAAAGCUGUCAGUUUGUUGCUACCAAACUCCAUCACACUCUGAGCUAGUUUGGCAGCAACAAACUGACAGCUUUUCUCCUCAUACCGCUGUUUCAUCUUCCUCUACUUCCCUUUUGACGGUAAAACUUGUUUCACAUUACCGCUAAACGUGUUUCACUCUGCUUACGGCCACUUACUGGUGGUAAAAGCGGUUUAUUUUGGUUUAUUAAGUGUGAGUGAGAUAAAGUACAUAUUACAAAGUUGACGCAGUAGUUUUACAUCAGUUAAAGAGGCAGUAAUGCUCUUUCUUUUCAACAUAACUUCAGUUGUUCAUGAUUUCCAAAUUGUUUGGUUUGUUAAAAACAUCUAAAAUGGAAACAUGAGGCAGAAAUUUAGAUAGAAAAUAAAUACAUUUAUGUUAUUGUUAUAUGUUGUUAUAGUUAUCCCUGUCAUAGAAAUAUUACUAAUAUAACACACAUGGAAUAAUUAAAUGUUUUAUAUAUAGUUGAGUUGAUAUAACUGCCUUGUGUGUGUAGGCCUCAAGUAAAAAAACAAGUAAAAACCUGUUCAACCAAAUCUUCACAUUUAUUGGGGGAUGAGGAGAGGAGCGCUCAUCUGUAGUUUGUUGGUUUGACCAGCAGGUGGAGCUGCUGCAUUAACAAUAAACUGAGACUCAACCAACCAAACAAGUUCCUGUUUUAGUGAACUUUGAAUUUGGACUCAGGAGAGGAAGAUGUUUGUCAGGAAUACUGAACUUAAAAGAUGAUGAAAAACUGUCAGUAAAUGAGGAGAAGAAUCUGUGAUCUGGUGGUUUAGGUUUCAGUGAAAACAGUCAGAGUGAAAGUGAAAGUAAGUGAGCUGAAAAACAGACUCCAUUUUGAGAAACGAAGAGAGAGGAGAGGACGAGGAGACAGGGUGAGUGUUUACUCUGUUUUAGUUUUAAUGUCAAACUCUUUAUCUGUUUUAUCCGUUAAUGAAAAAUGAUUUACUGACUAAAACACUUAAAAACUCUAAAACAAAGAAACCUGAGCAGACAAAGAGCUGGAUCAGUUCUUCGUACAGAAACUGUGUACGUGCAGUUCUUCCUCCUCUUUGUUCAGACUUGUCUUUGUGGUAAAAACUAAAAUCUGAAUCUUUUUAGCCUCUCAUUUCAACUUUAAUCCAGUUCCUUAAGUUUUUCUGAGAGUUCAGGGACCUCACAGCUGAUUUUGUUUGGACCAUGAAUCAGACAAGGAUCAGAGAGAGGCCCUGCAGGGUGGGGAGACAUCAGAAGGUCCUGGAUAUUAAACCCAUAGACAUAUAUAAGAAAGGUUUAUAUACAUAUAUCUAUGAUUAAACCUGUAUAACUCUUAAAGAGGGGGAUGAAGCUGUUUUCAGACUCUGUACUUCCUUUCUGAUUCCUCUUUUAUUUUGAAACUCUCUCUUCCUGUUUGUGUCUCACCUGUUUGUCUACUUUGUCCUCAGGUUGUAGAACUCGGUUUCAUCUUCCAUAAAUUUACACAACAGAAGAUGGAGAAGAUGGUGUUGAGGAAGAGGAGGGCAGACCAAAAGUCUGAUAUGUCUGACUGUCUGUCUAUGAAGAGUGACUGGUCUAAAGAUGAACCUCUAUACUUCAGUAAAGAACCAGGACCCUCAGAGGAGGGCAGAGCAGAGUCUGUUAUGUCCGACUGUCUGUCUAUGAAGAGUGACAGGUCUAAAGAUCUUCCUGUAUACUUCAGUAAAGAACCAGGACCCUCAGAUUCACAGUAAGAGAAACACUUUUCACCCUCCAAACUCUCAAACAACAACAGCUGAUGUUUCAAAAUCAGAACUUUAAAUCCUGACCCCUCUGUUUUCUCCUCUGCUCUGAAAACGCUGAUUUUCCUCUUGAACCUCCAACCUGGAUAAAGGUCUGGUAAAGACAAAGUCACUGAGCUCAGAUUUACUUAUUAUUCCUGAUGUUGAUAAAAAUGAAGGUGGUAUAAAACAGCAUUAGAAAAGGAUCCUGACCUCUUGUAUUUUCUGAUUUGGUUCCUGUGUUUGGGACGUUUUGAGCCUGUUAGUCUUUGGACUGUGGUGUAUAGACCCCAGAAAACAGUCUGUGGGUCAGAAAAUACCAGAAGACCAAAGAAGAAAUAAAUCCUGAGAAAUAAAAACUCAUUCAGAGCAUCAGUCUGUUAUUAGACCUUUAGAUCUGAUUGUUAAAAAAUGUUUGAAACUGUCAGAGAAAAUCUCUCGACCUUCAAAAAUCACAGUUGAGUUUUUUCUCCUGUCUCCACACUUUGAGGCAGCAGCAGCUGAAUAUUUUACUGUUUUAUGUUAGAGAAAAGAGAAACUCUGGUUUAAUAAAUGUUUCUUAUUCUGAAUCUUCAAACAUGAAAUAAUAAAGAAAAUAAAUGUUCUUUAUUUCCACAGAGAGACUCAGAGAUGUGACUCUGUGAAGAAGCUGUCCAGCUCUGAUGGAAGUAAGUCUGAACAUCUGUCCUUUAAACCCUAAAUUACACAAUUUCCACCUGGAAUAUUUUGUUUAUUUUAACCAUAAAAUCAACAGAAAAUGUCCUUUGAGUGUUUUAACACAUUUUUCCAGAACACUUUGAACUUUCAAUAUCUGUCUGUCAUUUACAGUUUACUGUCUGUUAAAAGAGUGUUUUAACAUUUUAAGAUAAAGAAAAACUCAAAAACAAAAUAAGAUUUUUUGAGUUUUAAAAAACAGAAAAUCUUCAUGAACAGAUUUUUCAUUUGAACUCAGAAAUUUGAAGAGUAUCAAACAUAUUUACAACAAAAACGUUGGAGUGCUGUCUCUCAAAGAGCAAAAACAGGUUAAAUAAAUACAACUGUGUGUUUAUUAGUGUUGAGAAGUUUGGUUCAUUUUAUUGUUCUUCUCUUUCAGAAGAUGGCGGUCUGCAGGAGGUUUUAGAUGAACAUAAGAUCAGUCUGAAGAGGAGAUGUGAACGUGUGAAUGAAGGAAGUGAUGAAACAGGAAGUAGUCAAACCCUCCUCAACAGGAUCUUCACUGAGCUCUACAUCACAGAGGGACUGAGUGAAGAGGUGAACACCCAACAUGAGGUGAGACAGCUGGAGACAGCUUCAAAGAUGGAGACCCUCCAUGACGAACCCAUCAAGUGUCAUGAGAUCUUUGAACCCUUACCUGACCAACAGGAGAAGGUCAUCAGAGUGGUUCUGACCAACGGCGUGGCUGGUGUUGGAAAAACCUUCUCAGUGCAGAAGUUCACUCUGGACUGGGCAGAGGGUUUGGAGAACCAAGACCUCCAUCUGGUGGUCCUGCUUUCAUUCAGGGAGCUGAACCUGAUCAGAGAAGAGCGCUACAGUCUUCAGAGUCUGCUCCAUGUUUUCCAUCCAACACUAGAGAAGGUCACAGCAGAGACGCUGGCUGUCUGUAAACUUCUGUUCAUCUUUGACGGUCUGGAUGAAAGCAGACUGUCUCUGGAUUUCACAGACUCUGAGGUGGUGUCUGACGUCACACAGACGUCUUCACUGAACGUUCUGUUAACAAACCUCAUCAAGGGGAACCUGCUCCCCUCAGCUCUCAUCUGGAUAACUUCUCGGCCUGCAGCAGCCAAUCAGAUCCCUCCUUCACGUGUGGACAGGGUAACAGAAGUACGAGGCUUCACUGACGCCCAGAAGGAGGAGUACUUCAGGAAGAGGUUCAGAGAUGAAGAUCUGUCCAGAAGAAUCAUCUCACACAUCAAGUCCUCCAGGAGCCUCCACAUCAUGUGUCAGAUCCCGGUCUUCUGCUGGAUCACUGCGACAGUUCUGGAGGACAUGAUGAGCAGAGAGCAGAGAGGAGAGCUGCCCAAGACCCUGACAGACAUGUACUCACACUUCCUGCUGGUCCAGACUAAGAGGAAGAAGCAGAAGUAUGAAGGAGGACAUGAGACAAGUCCUCAGGAGCUGACGGAGGCUGACAGUGAAGUCCUCCUGAAGCUGGGGAGGCUGGCCUUUGAACAUCUGGAGAAAGGAGACAUCAUGUUCUACCAAGAAGACCUGGAGCGGUGUGGUCUGGAUGUCUCAGAGGCCUCGGUGUACUCAGGAGUUUGUACAGAGAUCUUCAGAAGAGAGAGUGUGAUCUUCAAGAAAACUGUUUACUGUUUCGUUCAUCUGAGCGUUCAGGAGUUUCUGUCUGCAGUCUACAUGAUCCACAGUUUCACAACCAGUAAGACAGAAGUUCUCAAGACUUUCCUAAACGCAGAAGAUCUGGAGACUUUCCUAAGAGGCAACGAAGACAAAAUGUUUUCUUUCAAGAUGUUUUUUAAUUCUUUUAAAAACCUGGAUGUCUUCCUGAAUAGAGUCAUGAUGAAAUCUCUUCUCAGUAAAAAUGGUCACCUGGACCUGUUCGUUCGCUUCCUUCAUGGACUCUCUGUGGAGUCAAACCAGAGACUCUUAGGAGGUCUGCUGGGUCACACAGACAACAGUCCAGGAAUGAUCCAAAGAGUCAUCAAGAACCUGAAGAAGAUGAACAGUAGAGAUAUCUCUCCUGACAGAAGCAUCAACAUCUUCCACUGUCUGAUGGAGAUGAACGAUCUGUCAGUUCAUCAGGAGAUCCAAGAGUUCCUGAAGUCAGAGAACAGAUCAGAGAAGGAACUCUCAGUGUUCCAGUGCUCUGCUCUGGCCUACAUGCUGCAGAUGUCAGAGGAGGUUCUGGAGGAGUUGGACUUAAGGAACUAUAGAACAUCAAUCCAGGGACGACUGAGACUGAUCCCAGCUGUGAGGAACUGCAGAAAGGCUGAGUAAGUCCAGGUUUUAUUCUCAGAAUAGUGUAAAUGAUCCCUGUAGUUCUUCUAAUGUCCACGUUACUGAUGAUGUUCUUCUUCAAAUAGAAAUCAAAUAUCAGGGAGGGGGUUUCUUUAGCAAAAACCUGAUCCUGGUGUCUAAAGUCCUGUUAGCCCAGGAUGAGGUCUACCUGUGGACCCCUGAGAACUUGUCCUGAUUGUGGAGGACCUCUUUGUUUUGAAUCGUGUCUGUAAUGAAUAAAGUGGAACUUUGAGGACAAAUCAGCGACCAUAUCUGAGGACACACAGAGGUCUUCUGAUGAUGGUAUCAGUCCAGAUCAACAUCUCAGUCAGUUGUGGUGAACUUGAGUUUGAAGAAGGUGUCUGCAGCUUCUUCCUGCUGGUUUUCAGGUUGGAAAUGAUGAAUCUGUUGUAAAUGAGGGUGUUGACAGCAUUGAUGGUGAAAAUAGAACUGGAUCAUUUUCUACACAGUGGCAGAACUGUCUCUGUACCAUCAUGUUCAUCAUUCAAUAUUCAUCAUCAAUACAACCAUGAAAACUAACAUCAUUUUCCACCACUCACUGGAGAUGAUCUGCUGGACUAGAACAUAUGAAUGAUGAGAACACAGGAGGUAUUUGGACAGCAGCUCCAUGAGUCUGAAAACAGUGGUGGAGAUAGGAUGUUAAUGUCUCUCUCUCUCUCUCUCUCUCUCUCUCUCUCUCUCUCUCUCUCUCUCUCUCUCUCUCUCUCUCUCCCUCUCUCUCUCUUCCCAAAGACAGAGGUUCAGUGGGUCUUUGUUUCUGUCUCUUAAAGGUCUCUCUGGAUCCAUCAGGUUUUAUAAACGUGUUUCUGCUGCUGAAGCGAAUGUUACAUGAAGAAAAAACUUUGAUUGUGAAAACAAAGAAAUCUUCAACUCUUCAAAUGUUCAGAGUCAAACCAGCUCUAACCUGCUAAAAAACGAUUUUAUCUGAACCAAUCAGAGAAGACGGAGCUGCUGUGAUUUAGUGAGUCGUCCUCUGAUUGGUCAACAGUCAGUGUCUAUGGACAGACUUACAUUACAGCAGGAUGUCAACAUUAAACACUGAGAGGAGCACUGAUCCUCCAAGAGGUACUUUGGAUACUAACCAAUCACAUACCAGGACCAAAAACCUGGUUCUCAGUCCCCUUCUCCAACCAGAACUCAAGAAUUCACUCAGUCAUAAUGAUCCAGCUGCACUAACAUGAAGACAACACUGUUAGAGAACAGAAGGACUAAAAUAAGUCAUGGAGUCGUUUGUCUUGAACAUCUGAACAGUUUUUUUUUCUUCUAAACUUUGACUUCCUGUCUUCUCUCAUGGCUGUGGUCCUGAUAUUAGUAUCUGUCUGGUUAAAAACAGGCCGUCUGUCAAACCAAAGAUCAUGUUUGUUUUUGGUGAAGAGAAACAUCAAAUUACCCUUUAAUGAAAUAUUGUUGAUAUUUAUGUUGUUACAGACUUUCAUACUGUGAACUCUCAGAGACUCACUGUGAAGUUGUGGCCUCAGCUCUGAAGUCCAACCCCUCCCAUCUGAGACAUCUGAACCUGAGUGUCAACGAUCUGAAGGAUUCAGGAGUGAAGCUUCUCUCUGCAGGACUGGAGAGUCCAAACUGCAGACUGGAGACUCUGAAGUGAGACACCAUUUCCUUCUGAUCUAACAAUAAGAUGUGACAGCUGCUGCCUUAGAUUUUUCUCUGUGGUUUUUCCAUCAACUUUGGUCGAGCAGUUUGAAUUUGUCGUCGUAAAACUUCAACACAGGAAGAAAAAUCCGACAUUUCAGAGUCGACUUUGAGGAGAACGAUGGAUGUAGAAAGGAAGCAGGAGAAAAUCAGUCCACAAAUAUUACACAUGCUUGUAGAGGGCAGGAGCAGCACAGACUAAAGGCUGAUACUGAACUGAUCCACAGUUAAUGUGAUCACUAAUGAAUGAAUGAAGUGUCAGAGAAAUGAGGAGCUGCAGAUUGAAACCUGAAGAACAAAGUUAAUCCAACUCUGGAGAUUUCAUUUGGAAACUCUUGAAAACUUGAAUUUCUUCUUUGCUCAGUCGUGUUCAAAUGUAAAAACCAGAUCCAGAUUUUUCUGCAGUUUUCACUUCAGUUUGUUGAACAUGAACAUCAUCUUGUCCAGUUGGUCCAUAAAAACCUCUCUGAUCAAUGAUCUGUUGGUUUUCUGAAAAAUUCCUCAAGAUCUUCAAAAAGUUUAGAGAGGAUUUUACAAAGUUCCUCAAGAUCAACUCUGAAAAAGUUCUCCUUCCAUGUCCUUCAGGAGCUCAAGAACAUUGAAUCAUUAAAAACAGGAACAGUUUCUUCAGAGGUUACAUGAUUUUUUCUUUUUUCAGACUGUGUCGCUGCAGGUUGUCAGAGAUCAGCUGUUCUUCUCUGGCCUCAGCUCUGAAGUCCAACCCCUCCCAUCUGAGACAUUUGGACCUGGGUGUAAACAAUCUGCAGGAUUCAGGAGUGAAGCUUCUGUGUGACUUUCUGCAGAGUCCAAACUGUAAACUGGAGACUCUGGAGUAAGUUUAGUCUUUGUCUGUUUCUGUUGUAGAUUUUUAUGUUUAUUCAGUUUUUUAACCCAAUUCAAAUGUUCAUAGAAUUCUUUAAUAUUUCCAGAACUUUCUUCUUUCUCACAUAAAUUCAUAGUUUUUUAUUGAAUCAUCAGUCAGAUACAGAUGGAGGAAAACUGUGAGUUAUUUUGUUGAUUGAAUGUUGAUGAUUUUUUAUAAAUGGUUCAGAUGAUCACUGCAGUGAUGUUGACGGGUUUACUUCCUCGGUCUCUAAAUCAGUCAAAUGUUCAAGGAUGCAGUGAACUCACUAUCCAUGCAGCUCAGGAACACAGCUCAUCUUUUUCAUACAGGAAACUUUGUCAACAACAAAGGUGUGUUAAAGUCCCAUCAGUCAGCAGCUUCAGUCACAAACCUCGCUAUCAGAGCUCCGUCAUUUCAACCCUCUGUAUAACUCCUCAGCACAGACCAGACCCUGUGAGCACAUCCUCACAACAUGCUGCUUUAGUCACAACAACAACAACAAUCAGCUGUUAGCAGAGAUUUCAUCCAAACAGUCCAGGAUACAAACUUUGAAGUGGUUGGAAAAUUCAGGUGUCCACGGCUCAUGCAGAGUUGACUCAUGUUGAUGAUGUUUUCAUGUCUAGAGGACAUGCUGGAGUGAAUUCAACCAAACCUCCUGAGACAAAGACAGCGGUGGCAGACAUUAGAUCAGGCUUCAUGACGUCUGUGCGUCCCUUUAUUCAACCAGAUCAGCAGUCCCAGAGUUUUCCCUCAUCUCUUUAGAUUUGAUGGUUUUUGUGAUUUUGAUGUUUCCACACAAACUUUAAAUUGUUGAAACUGAAUUUAGUUUGUCAUGAUAAUGUGACAGCUGUUUUUUUAAAUGAACUUUUAGAUUUGGAGUUUUAGUCUUUAAAUUUCAGAGACAUUUUGAACAUAUUCAUGAGUUAAUAUUCAUGAAUUACAACCAUAUCAUACUGAUAUCAGACAGGAGUGUGACAGGUGUUUAUUAGUCUUUUUGACACGUUAGAAUAAUGAGGAUAAAGUCAUGGACUAAACUUGGGCUCCCAGUUUCCUUGUUGUUGUUUCUUCAGCUAGCAUCAUUGUUUUCAUCACAGUUAUUAAAGUAAUAAUGAUGCUUCAUAAAUUCAGAGUCACAAAAAAACACCAAACAAACCAAAUCUGAAAAAAAUCCACUUUUUCAUCAAAUGAGUUUAAUCGGUCAGAACAUGAGGUUUGAGUUUUCAUGAGGAGGAAACGAGAAAGAUCUGCUCUGACAGUGAGAAACACAGACGCCUGAAUUUACACUGACAGAGAGACAAACACAGACAGAGACAGACAGAGAGACACACAGACACAGACAGAGACAGACAGAGACAAACACAGACAGAGAGAGACACAGACAGAGACAGAGAGACAGACGCCUGAAUUUACACUGACAGACAGACAGAGAGACACAGACACACAAACAGAGACACACAAACACAGACAGAGAAACACAGACAGAGAAACAGACAGACACACAGACACAGACAGAGACACAGACGUCUGAAUUUACACUGACAGACACACAAACACAGACAGAGACAGACAGAGAGACAAACACAGACAGAGACACAGACAGAGACACACACACACACACACACACACACAGACAGACACACAAACAGACAGAGAAACAGACAGACAGAGACACAGACACACAGACAGAGACACAGACAGACACACAAACACAGACAGAGACACAGACACACAAACACAGACAGAGACACAGACACACAAACACAAACACAGACAGAGACACAGACACACAAACACAGACAGAGACACAGACACACAAACAGAUAGAGACACAGACACACAGACAGAGACACAGACACACAAACACAGACAGAGACACAGACACACAGACACAGACACACAGAGAUGUUCCUCUCUGUCUCUUUGCUGUGAUGACUGAAGUCACAAAAACAAAGUUUUCUUCGUCACUUUUAUGAUUGAACCAAAGAAGUUAAAGAACCAAACUCUCAGAUUUUCUUCUUCUCAACAUUAUUUGAAUCAUUUUGAUUUUUCUCCUGAUCAAUAUUAAUGAUCAGAUUGAUCAGGUUCCUGUUUCGGCUCCACUGCCUCUUUUCUGCAGCUCAAUAACUGCUCAUAUGGUUUGAAAGGUUCCUGCAGUGAAACCCGAUUAGAGAGUGGACUAAAUGAAAUGUGAGUGAACUCAGCCAUCAGUGAAUCAAUGACAAAGUGAGAGGAAGAGUGGAUCUGUCUGCUGUCUGACCUUGUUGAUCCUGAUGAAGGUGAGGGAGAAGAGUAAAGCAGUAAAGGUGAUGUUGUUGCAGACAGAGUCAGCUGACCUGUCUCAUCAGAGUCUCAUCCAUUCUCUGUUUGGCAGAGCGCUGAUGUUACAGUCUGAGAGCACAUUCAGGUUCAGCUUCACAUGGGCUGGAUCUGCUCAAUACGAACUCUUGAGACCAGCCUGGUUGAGGGAGGUGGGCUCAGUGUCCUGGGUGACUCUCUCUGAGCUCUUCUUGGUUGAGAGUAUUUCUGGUUUGUCUCUGACUUCCAUGAACUCAGAUCUGGAGGAUUGCUGGCUGGUCCGGUCCAGUUCUGACAGUAGAGACAACACAGUCUGUUAUUCUGGGUUGAGUGUUCUUGUUGAAGAUCAGUGUACAGUGAGGGAUGAAGGCAGACAAAGAUCCUCCUGUUUCCUCCAUGUCACAGUUCAAGUUCAUUUUGAAGACUUUGAUUGAUCCGAGCGCUGAAGAGGAACAGGAAACCAGGAGUAGAGAGUGAGGGAGGACUUACAGCAAAGGAUCAUGGGAGUCCAACCAGCAACUGCUUCAACAAGGACUCCACCUUCUGAUCAUCUGAACCUCUAAUCCAAACCAGUUCUCCAUCACAUCUGAUGUCUUGUCUGUUAUUUUACAUGGAGGGUCAGAGCAGACCAGAUCAUGAGCUCUGACAGACUGGAUCUGGUCCAAAGGUCUCCUGUUGGAGUUCUCUAAGCUCCAUAUUUUAAACCUGAACACCUGAAGUUUGAUUAUUAAUUAUUUUUAUCUUCAUUCUCUUUACUUUUUUCAGACUGUGGGACUGCAGUUUGUCAGAGAUCAGCUGUUCUUCUCUGGUCUCAGCUCUGAAGUCCAACCCCUCCCAUCUGAAAGAUCUGUGGCUGAAUGGAAACAAGCUGCAGGAUUCAGGAGUGAAGCUGCUGUGUGACUCUCUGCAGAGUCCAAACUGUAAACUGGAGACUCUGAGGUCAGACUUUUUCCUCCAUUCAAACAUGAUCAUGAUUUGUUUGUGAUGAUGACACUAAACUGCUGACUCAGGACUGAAAUACUGACCCAGACUGAACACCUUCAGUCCAGAGUAGAUUUUCUGCAUCAGUGGAUUAUUUGAUUGACUCCAGUUCGAUCACUGCUGAGCUCCAGUGAAUUAAAACCUGAACCCAAGAAGAAAACUCUUUGUAGAGUUCACAGUGAGAAGCUCAUUCAGACAGAAAACAGAAGCAGGGGGAGAUUUGUCAGACGAGAACCAUUCAAACUUUUGUUCAGGACAAGAUCAGGGAAUAGAAAAAACUCAGAGUUUAGUUUCUGACUCUGAUGAAAGUCCAGCUCUGUUACUUUGAAUUUUGUUUCUGAAUCUUUGUGUGAAAAUCUGAAUUUUCUGGUUUAUCUUCACUUUUCUGAGACCUUGCUGUGUUUAGACUGAAAUAUUUACCUCUCAAAGACGUGAUAUUUUUGGUUCAGCAAAGUGAAAAUAUUCUGAACAUCCUUUAUUUCCCAUCCGUCCUGAAGUCGCUGACAUUUUCUGAAAAUAUUGAUCUGCAUCUACAAUCAGUAAAAAAGUCUCUGAGUUUUUUAUUUCACUAUUUAAUGUGUUUUUGAAUUCACUGUUUCAAACUGACUUCCUGUUUGGUUCAGCUCUUUGGAGCGUCACUUUUCUCUGAUUCAGACUUUCCAAACCUUUCCCCUGAACUCUACAGAUUUAAGACAUCAGGUUUCAAACUGGAUCAUUUUUCUCUAAAAUCUCAUUAUUUCCUCUUUAUUUAGGUUGAAUUAUUGCAGUUUGACAAAGAUCAGCUGUUCUUCUCUGGCCUCAGCUCUGAAGUCCAACCCCUCCCAUCUGAAAACUCUGUGGCUGUAUGGAAACAUGCUGCAGGAUUCAGACAUGAAGCUGCUGUGUGAUCUUCAGAAGAGUCCAGACUACAGACUGGAGACUCUGAAGUCAGUAUAGAGUUGGAGUUAGUCUGUGCUGGUCUCUCCUGUUCCUCUCCACACAGUAUCACAGCAGAUAUUCAGUAUUUCCUGCUGACUCUUCGACCCUCUCAGAGGAUUCUUUCUUUAGUGAAGCUGUGAGAACAGAAAUCAUCAAACCAGGAGUGUAAGAGUGUCAGUGAUGAAAAAAGUGUCUCCUCGUCUCUAUAUUUCAGAUCAAAUGUAGAAAUGAGACAUAAUGAAACAGAAAUGUUCAGUUUCUGCUCUGAAGUCCAGUUUAUAGUUCUCUGUAUUCAACACAGACUUUAUUUCUCUGCUAACUUGUUGAUUUUGAGCUCUAAGUCUGAAAACAGACAGCUGUUCUUUAUACUUGUUAUUUUCACAGCAGGUUUGUUCGAUCAGCUUUAACACAUUUGACAGGAAUGAUUUCUUUAUUUUGAUGAUGUUGGUUUAUUUGUGAGGAAACCUGCUGCUUUACACCAUCACUUCUGGUCUGAGCAGGACUGAGACCUGCUGGUCUGUAAACUGGAUGUUCUUCAGUCCAGCUGAUGAAGUGAGUCUCAGAGUGGAAACACUGAUCGUCUGUUUUUCUCUCCUCAGAUGGAGGUAA